CGUGGCCCUGGCCUUGGUCCCACUGGGUGCUAGGGCCGGGGCAGCUGGGCCCUCUUGUGCUUAGGAGACGGGGCCCCUGCAGCUAAGGACACCCCGUGGAGCACAAUGAACCAACGGGGCUUAAUGGCAUGAGGAAGAAUUGUCAUUCCAUUUCAUAAUCGCUUGGGUUGCAAUUUCCAUUAGAAACGGGGCUUCCUUCUGAGUAGACAAGCACCGGAUCACACUCUUAACUGCUUUACGGUUGGUGGAUGAGAGAACAUAGACCUCAGAUUCAGGGGCUCUGACUUGUUAAAGACAAGAAAACAGUUUGCGGGUGUCCUGUGAAAUCACAAAAGCAUCACCAGUUGGGUGGCUCCCCCCUCCUGUAUUUGAUUGAGCCUGUGCUUUUUUCAGCGGCCAGCCAGGCAGCAAUUAAACAGGUGAAGCUUUAUCUAUCACUUAACUCUGUGCCAAGCAAACCUCCUAGCGUAUAAUGUUAAAGGGGAAUGAGCAGGUCUACUUUAUUUGAACGAAUGGCAUCCCUACGCAGGACUUUUACUUUCUUACUUUCUCUCUCUCCCCCCCCCCCUUUCAAUAAUGAUGUUAUGGUGUAAAAGGCUCUAGAGAACCACUUAAUGCAAACAUUGCUUUUACCAGACAAGCAACCACAACAGCGAUGCCUCGUGUAAUAAAUAAGUGAACGAACAGGUUCUGUCCACCGCCGUUGCCACUUCAUGGCUGACUGCAUUAGGAAAUGAGAUUUUUAUAACGGCCUGGCUGGAAGCAAACAAAUGACCCAACCCUAGUUAGAUUUACUGCCGCAUCUUCCCUGUCAUGAUUAUUAUAAGCCCUGUUUGGCUGUGGAGAAGCAGGAAGGAGAAUGAGCUUUGGGAGUGGUGGGGUUUUAAUAAGCGGGCUGGGGUGGGCACCCACACCUCACAGUGGGUUGGGAAAUUUAAAUAUAAUGGAACUUUAACAAUGCAGCCCUAUAUAUGUCUAUUCAGAGAUAACCCCCACUGAGCACAAUGGGACCUACCCCCAGGUAAGCAUGCGUUGGAGUGCGGCCUAGGUAAUUUGGCCAUAUUAAAGGGGUCCCAAGCAUGGCCUCCUUUAGUUCUGUGCUCUUCACCCCAGUAACUAGAGCUCUGGUCAGAAGCUAGUUCUGGCCAAGGCCAGGUCUCCUGGCCACAAAGGCCACACUCCAAGUCUCUCCUUUCUCAUGACAAAGGUCACAUUUCUGGAUGCACUAAAUGACUCUGCCCUAGAACACCUGGCUGUUAAAAGAAGGAAGUUUGCAGACUUGAAGCCGCAACCCCAGAGUCGGCCACGACUGGACCUAAUUCUGGCCAAGGGCUUUUCCUCACUCUCCACCCCUGAAGACAGACAUUCCCCCAACAUGAUGAAUGUUUUCUUCUGAGCAUGCGAGGCUCUACUGCUGUCCUUCCUUAUUUCAAAAGGGAAUUUGGCAAUCUGGAUUUAUGUCUUGAUUAUCUCUCGUCACUGCAUAAUUAUGUCUGUUGGCAGGAGUACCAGCAGCCGAUAUCUAGCCUGCCAUGGUUCCUCCCCAGAAGUCCGCUCCUGGGUCUGAUCUUGAGUGGCACCCAGGACCUGGUGCGAGAGGUGAGUGUUGUUGAGCCUGUUGGGAGCAGUGACCAAAGUGCUAUGAAAUGAAACAAACAUGCAAAUGGCCAGUUGCCAAGAAAAUCCAAUACAGUCACAUUUGACUUCAAAAGAAGAAACUUCCCCCCAACAAGUUGAAAGGCAAAGCCAGGAGCUCCUUGUCAGGAAUGGCAAGGUUCCACUCCCUGGUUGCAAAGCUGGUUUGAAGGGAAUCCUCUGGUGUGCCUCCUUCCUGGUUCUGGUGCCCCCCCCCCCGACACGUCCACUUUCAUUUCCCACAAUGCUCCAGAGCCAUGCUAUGUCUGGGAUACUGUGAUGAAUUAAAAUGGCCAGCUGCCAGUUUGUGGCCCAGGGAGAAGGUGGGCCCUAGGGGUGCUGGGGUGUCUGCAGCUGUUCCAGAGUGGCAGGUGCUGAGAGAUAUCCUGCAGCAGGCUGGACCAGCUCCAUACAAACGUGUUGCUGUUGUUCGUACUGUAGUCUUAUAAUGCCACCAGAGUAUAUGGUGCUACACAAGGAAUGAGAUUCUAGGUUUCUACCCCAUGGAGCUCAAAUUCCGCGGAGCUAAAAUUCUACCCAGGUUGCAGGUCAGGACCAUGCCAGACUUUGAGUUUUCAGGGCCCAGACUUGAGACCCAGGGCCGACCCCCCUGGUGACAUCACAGGGGCAGGCCCCAGAGAUGGAAAGUAAUUGGGAGAGGGGAGCAGAGGACAGCAAAUUCCUUCAGAGUGUCUGUACUGUAAUUUGCAGUUGCUGGGCUGAAGCUUGCAAGCUGCAUGCACAGCGCUCUUAAUCAUUUUUACCAUGAUCACUAAAGGCGUUCUCUCCUCCACCUGCCACCUGGAGGGGGCCAGGCAACCUGGAGACAGACCAGGAAAGGCAACCCUAAACUCCAGGGAGAAAACAGGAAGUGGAGGCCGUACUGGGAUGGAAGAGUUUCAGAGCUGUGAUCCCUGGCUUUCUUGGACUUGGUUGCUUGAAUGCCAGUAGCACAUCACAACACUUGGGGUGGAUGCUGGAACCUUAUGGAUGAUGCCCUUUCUCCAUCAACUCUGUGAGAUAGCUGGCUGUUAAGUUCCCUUUCACAGGUGCACACCCACCUCCAGCAGUUAUCGGAUGGAAACAGAACCCACCAGCUGUAACACCCAUAAUAUCAAGAUAUUGUUUCCUGCAGCCAGCGGGAGACGUUAAUGGAGGCAACAUCCUAUCUGCUUCUUGACUCUGCCAUAGCCUGUUGUCUGUUGCUUUAAAAGGCAAGGGCUGCCUUUCUCUCGGUGAAAGGCAGAGCAGAAGGCAAAUAUUCUUUUCCUAAUGCACUUUGUUCUCAGUUGUUCAAAAGAUGCCUCCAUAGCUGCAACAUGGAAUAUGGCAACCUCUUGGUGCCUUAUUGUUCAUGGGCUGGAAUCUGGGCACAUGCACACCACAGGCAAGAUGCAGUCCACCCCCUCACUUAGAAAAUGAACUUCAGCAGCUCCUGCCAACAAGAAAGAGAAGGCGGCAAAACCAGGGGUUUCAGGGUGCCAGAACUGUCUCAGGUAAACAGGAGCAAAUGCAGAGGAGGUGCUGAGAGCGUGGCCUGCCCAAGGUCACACAGUGCACCCACAGUCGAGGCAGCGGGAGACUCCAUCUGCAGCCAUGGAGCUGCGUGGCUGCCGAGAAGCGAAGCAAGCCCAGCCUAGGUCUGGACAGUUCUCCACCACGACAACCUCGCCCCAUUGCUAAGAUUACCUGGGCAGCCAUCCUGAAGGCCGUUUCAAACAAUGGUUCCAGCUAAGCCAUUCAGAGCUCGCUUGGCGAGUUGCUUAGGAUCCAUCCAGCGUAGCCUCAACACGAUGCCGUGAGUUAUGAGAAGCAGCUCUUCCGUCCCAGUGGAGAAAGCUCAAUAAUUCAUGCUGCAUGUCGGUGGCUUUGCCCUUCGAGUCCCAGGGAGGUGAGUAUUGGCUGCUUCUCCAGAUAAGAGCGAGAAACCGGACCUUCCUAGAGAUUAUAUUGCAGCCACUGCUGAUCUUUGAUUAGCCACAGGUACAUUACAGGCUGAGCAUGGAAAUAAGCCAGAGAUCACAAAAGGGAUCGAGCUGAAAAUGUCACUCUUCCCUCGUGACACCCCCCUCCCUCCCAUCGCCCACCACCCCAAAUCACUGGAACCAACGGAGGCCAGUGUGCUUUUUGGAGCUCAGAAGCCAAGGAAGCCCAACUAAGCCACAGCCUUCAUGGUGAAUAAUGCAUAGCUGGUGAGCAAAGUCACAGGAUCUCUUGCCAAGUUGGGUCCAAGGCAGGCGGUGCUUAAAAAUUAAAAGUGCAGAGAACUGGGCUAACAAUAAAACCAAGAAGUUAAUGUUUAAUGUGCUCAAUAACUCACAAGACAUGAUAAUUCUGACUCCCGCUUCUCACCUGGGGAAGUGAAUUUACAAAAGGAAUGUCUGCAAAUCUUUUUUCACUCUUAAACUCAGAUGAUGCCCAAUCCAAUUUGUAUUAUCAUGGACACAGACCAGCCUCUAAGUUACAGGCAAUUACAAAUGCAAUUUGCAAUUUACAGACCAGUAGAAGACUACUAGGAACUAUCAGCACAGCAAAGGACUAGGAUAGGCAUGUGCUUUGUCACACAUUCAGUGGAUUGCUGCAUUGCUAGCGUGCUUGGUAAAGAGAUUUAAUAUUCCAGUUCCUAGUAAUGCUUGCUGAUGCCCUGAAUUUUGCCACUUUAGUAGUGAUUUGUUUACAGCACCUGACAAAAGGACAGCGGUAAAAUUAUCUGAUCUGCCUAGGAAUUUAGUUAAAAUGGGUGUAAUACCUGAAAGCUGUUAAAUGGAAGAUAGAGCAAGCUUGUCUUUUCCUGCUCCAGAGGGCAGGAUGGGGACCAAUGGAUGUUUCAUGUUUUAUUUUGUUGGAAGGCGCCCAGAGUGACUGGGGCAACAUAUAAAUAAAUUGUUGUUAUUGUUAUUGUUAAAAUGGCAAGAAACGUGAUUCCAACUAAACAUCAGGAAGAUCUUACUUGUGGUAAGAGUGGAAUGGCCUCCUCAAAGAGGUUGUAGACUCUCAUUCCUUGCAUUGCAGGGAUUGGACUAGAUCCCAAUCAGGAUCCCUUCCAACUCUAUGAGUCUAACAAAUUUUCUAUGAUUCUACAAUUCUAUGACUCUGCAAAUUUUCAGGUGUAAAUAGUACAGAGGGAGUCCAAUUUUGAUUCAGAAAACUGUCAAACAGCUCUUACUGUCAGAAAGUUCUUCCUGAUGUUUAGUCUGAAUCUCCUUUCAUAGAAUCAUAGAAUCAUAGAGUUGGAAGAGACCACAAGGGCCAUCGAGUCCAACCCCCUGCCAAGCAAGAAACACCGUCAGAGCACUCCUGACAUAUGGUUGUCAAGCCUCUGCUUAAAGACCUCCAAAGAAGGAGACUCCACCACACUCCUUGGCAGCAAAUUCCACUGUCGAACAGCUCUUACUGUCAGGAAGUUCUUCCUAAUGUUUAGGUGGAAUCUUCUUACUUGUAGUUUGGAUCCAUUGCUCCGUGUCUGCUUCUCUGGAGCAGCAGAAAGCAACCUUUCUCCCUCCUCUAUGUGACAUCCUUUUAUAUAUUUGAACAUGGCUAUCAUAUCACCCCUUAACCUCCUCUUCUCCAGGCUAAACAUGCCCAGCUCCCUUAGCCGUUCCUCAUAAGGCAUCGUUUCCAGGCCUUUGACCAUUUUGGUUGCCCUCCUCUGGACACGUUCCAGUUUGUCAAUGUCCUUCUUGAACUGUGGUGCCCAGAACUGGACACAGUACUCCGGGUGAGGUCUGACCAGAGCAGAAUACAGUGGCACUAAUACUUCCCUUGAUCUGGAUGCUAUACUCCUAUUGAUGCAGCCCAGAAUUGCAUUGGCUUUUUUAGCUGCUGCGUCACACUGUUGUCCCAUGUCAAGUUUGUGGUCAACCAAGACUCCUAGAUCCUUUUCACAUGUACUGCUCUCAAGCCAGGUGUCACCCAUCUUGUAUUUGUGCCUCUCAUUUUUAUUUUUUUAAAAAAUGAUAUUUAUUGAGAAUUUUGAAGUUACAAAGAAAAAAGAAAGAAAAGACAAGAGAAGGAGAAAAAGAGAGAAAGAAGUAGAUAAACAUAACAAUUAAACAAUACAAAUCAAUAAAAACCAAAGUAAAAAAAAAACAACAACACGCAAAAUGCAUCUAAAUCAAAAAACAAGAAUAAACAAAAAAUUAAAAAACAAGUCUAAUAUUCCCAAAUCCUUAACUUUCAUUAACUUAUUUCAACGACCUCCUCACACCUCCCUUUUUUUGUAUUCUAGUUGUUAAUUAUCUCAGCAAUUCCUUUCCAUCUUUCACAAUAUUCUGUCAUUAAAUUACCUUAAUCUAUUUUAACCUUAUCUUACCCUAAAAAGCCCUAAAACUUAAAACUUAAAUCUUAUAUAUACCAAAUUCUUUUAACCAUAACAUAUUCUUACAUAAUUCUUUUUGACAUUUCUGCUAAAGCCAAAUAAUUUCAUUCCAACAUUUUUCUAAUACUCAUUAAUUUUACGAUACUUUUCUAAAUAAAUUUUUAAAACUUUCUUCCAAUCUUCAUCCAUUGUCUCUUCUUCCUGGUCUCGGGUUUUGUCAGUCCUUUCUCGUCCAUCUAAUCCAUCAACCUGGUGCCCUCAAGUCUUUUCCAUGUCCCUUCUGCAGGUCUUCUUCUUGUUUAUACCUGCCCUUUACUUUGUCUUUUGUUGAUCUUUUUCUUAUUUUCUUUCCUUUCUCAUUGGGGGGUAGGUCUCGGGAGGACUCCAAUCCAAAAGUAUCUCCAUCUCUCCUCAGCAGAUCAGCCCAUUCCCCACAGUCCCAUUCCCCACAGUCAACACUGUAAUCCAGAAAGUAUUUAAAAGCAUGUUUCAAAGUCUUUCCAAAAUUAAGAGCCCCUCACAACUCCAGACCCCCCCCCCCGGUCCACUCCAGAUUCAAACUUCAAGAACAGCGGCUUAUACUCCUGCAAGGCCUCGGAUCUCUCCAUUUGUGUUAUUUGAGGUUCAACAGCAACCUCCUCCAUUUUCUUCUGCACUUGCGCUUGCCCUAUCAAAACAGAUUCCUGGGCUGGUUCCUGAAUGGUUUCUAUAUGGGCAUUCGCCGUUUGUCCAAAGUUUUUAACUGCAACAGUCAUCAAAUCCAUCUUCUCAUGCAUCUGCUCCAGCAAAGCACUUGUCUUGCAAAAAGCAAGCACCAAGACUUCUUGUAAACACAUUUUUUUUUCCAAGGUUAGAGUCUGGUCUCACGAUUCUAAUCAUACAGCUGUGAGGUCCCCAGAUCAGCUCCAGCAACAAAUUAACAAGCUCCCUCUAGAGGAGACAAUUUCUAUUUGUAUCCAUCUUUUAAAAGCAGGACCAACAAAGAAAAAUUACUUUCACUUUUCAAAUACUUUGUUUCUUUUGAUUGCAAGAAGCAACAUUGGAGUCAAUUUAUUUCUCUUUUUUUUUUUUACUAUCUGUCAAAAGACGUUCCAUUCACAGUCGAUGAACUUCCCCAUAAAUUUCUGUCUCUGACACCCCAUUCCCAGGUUUGAGAAGGUGGAAAAUUUAUCUUUCUUUACUCUCUCUCCUGCAGGCUUAAACAGUCAAAAAUCCCCCUCUUUUCUCCUGCUUCCAAGAGGGGUUUUGGUGGUGAUGAAUGAAGGAAAUUUAGAACUUUAUAUACGACUUUCCAGACUGUAGCUUACAAAGUUUUUGCUUCAAUCUAUUUACAAAAAACGGGAGGGGGACUUCCUGUUUAGAACCUUCCCGUUUCGGUGCCAAAUUAAAAUAUUUCUUAAUCCAAUUUUCCGUUCUACUCACGGGUACUUGUUUAGAGUCCAAUUGUCCACAGGAAAAAGUCAGCGCUCCCCGGCAACGGCUGUGCGGCUUCACUCCGUAAAAGUAGCGGUUGAUUCAAAACACCGCGCCACUCACCCACGUCGCUUCGGAUCCCCGAAAAAGGGUUUCCCUGCGAGUAGGGGAGGCGCUCCUGGUGUCAGCCGAAUCCCACGUUCCCAGGCUUCCUCCACCUGGGAUUUUUAAAGGGUCUCCGCCUUCGCCGCGGCGGCAAGACCCGAUUUUCACGGAGCGGGUUCCUCUCGGUCAGAGGAACUCCGCCAUUGCCGAUGGCGCUGUCCCGGAAGUCUUGUGCCUCUCUCUCUUCCCCCCCCCCCCCAAGUGCAAUACUUUACAUUUCUCCCUGUUAAAAUUCAUCUUGUUUGUUUUGGCCCAGUUCUCUAAUCUGUCAAGGUCGUUUUGAAGUGUAAUCCUGUCCUCUGGGGUGUUAGCCACCCCUCCCAGUUUGGUGUCAUCUGCAAAUUUGAUCAGGAUGCCCUUGAGUCCAUCAUCCAAGUCGUUGAUAAAGAUGUUGAAUAAGACCGGGCCCAAGACAGAACCCUGUGGCACCCCACUAGUCACUCUUCUCCAGGAUGAAGAGGAACCAUUGAUGAGCACCCUUUGGGUUCGGUCAGUCAGCCAGUUACAAAUCCACUGAGUGGUAGCAUAGUCAAGACCGCAUUUUACCAGCUUCUUUACAAGAAUAUCAUGGGGCACCUUGUCAAAUGCCUUGCUGAAAUCAAGGCAUUUGGCUACAUCCACUGCAUUCCCUUCAUCUACCAGGCUUGUAAUUCUGUCAAAAAACGAGAUCAGGUUAGUCUGACAUGACUUAUUUUUCAGAAAUCCAUGCUGACUAUUGGUGAUCACAGCAUUCCUUUCUAGGUGCUCACAGACUGUUUGCUUAAUGAUCUGCUCCAGAAUCUUCCCUGGUAUUGAUGUCAGACUGACUGGGCGGUAAUUAUUUGGGUCCUCUCUUUUCCCCUUUUUGAAAAUAGAGACAACAUUUGCCCUCCUCCAGUCUGCCGGGACUUCGCCUGUUCUCCAGGAAUUCUCAAAGAUGACUGUCAGUGGUUCUGAGAUCACAUCUGCCAGUUCUUUUAAUACUCUUGGAUGCAGUUCAUCUGGCCCUGGAGACUUGAAUACAUCUAGACUAGCCAAGUAUUCUUGUACUAUCUCCUUAGUUAUUCUGGGCUGUGUUUACUCUGCUGAAUCAUUUGCUCCAAAUUCUUCAGGUCGGGCAUUGUUUUCUUUAUCGGAGAAGACUGAGGCAAAGAAGGCAUUGAGGAGUUCAGCCCUUUCUGUGUCCCCUGUUUGCAUUUCACCUUCUUCUCCUCUGAGUGACCCCACUGUUUCUUUGUUCUUCCUUUUGCUACGAACAUACCCAUAAAAGCCUUUUUGUUGCUUUUAACCUCUCUAGCAAGCCUGAGUUCAUUCUGUGCUUUAGCUUUUCUGACUUUGUGUCUACACGUGCUGGCUAUUUGUUUGAAUUCCUCUUUGGUGGUUUCCCCCUUUUCCAUUUUUGUACACAUCCUUUUUAAUCUUAACUCAGUUAAAAGUUCUUUAGAUAGCCACCCUGGCUUCUUUAGGUACCUUCCAUGUUUCCGUCUCAUUGGUAUUGCCUGAAGUUGUGCUUUUACUAUCUCCCUCUUAACAAACUCCCAGCCAUCAUGAACUCCCUUUCCUUUUAGUAUUACUGUCCAUGGGAUCUCACCCAGCACUUCCCUAAGUUUUACGAAGUUGGCUUUCUUAAAGUCAAGAAAUUGAGUCCUAGUAUGCUUGGCUGCUCCUUUCUGCUGUAUAGUAAACUUCAGAAGAGCAUGAUCACUCGCGCCUAAUGAUCCUUCCACUUCUACCCCACUAACCAGGUCAUCAACAUUGGUUAGGACCAGAUCUAAAAUGGCUGUUCCUCUUGUUGCUUCUCCCACUUUCUGGACAAUGAAGUUGUCUGCAAGGCCAGUGAGGAAUCUGUUUGACCUUAUGCUCUUGGCUGAGUUUGACAUCCAACAAAUAUCCGGGUAAUUGAAGUCCCCAUUACUACUAUCUCCCUUCCUUUUGCAUGCUUGGCCAUCUGUUCCAGGAAGGCAUCAUCUAUGUCCUCCGUUUGGCUUGGGGAUCUAUAGUAAACUCCCACAAUGAGGUCACUGUUAUUCUUCUCUCCCUUAAUUUUGACCCAAAUGCUCUCACUUUGGCUUUGAGGUUCUAAAUCUUGGAUCUCUUCACAGGUAUACACAUCCCUGACAUAUAACGCCACUGCUCCUCCUUUCUUGUCUGGUCUGUUUCUCUGAAAUAGAUUGUAUCCCUCCAUUAUUACAUUCCAAUCGUGGGACUUAUCCCACCAGGUUUCAGUGAUGCCUAUUAUGUCAGAGCCUCGUAAGAGCCUCUGCCCAGAGCCUCAUAGUCUCUUUUGAUCUUCUGGAGGCUAUUGCUUGCAGUGUCAUUGGUUCCCACAUGAACCAAGAGGAAGGGGUAUUUGUCAGUGGGUUUUAUGAUUCCUUGCAGUCGUUCAGUUACAUCUUGGAUCUUAGCCCCGGGGAGACAGCACACUUCCCGAGACAUCUUGUCAGGCCCACAUAUCACUGCUUCUGUUCCCCUCAGUAGGGAAUCCCCUAUCACCACUACACGCCUCCUCUUAGGUCUUGUAACUUGAAGCCAUUGGUUCAAGUCCUAACCUCCAGAGCAGGAGAAAACAAGCUUGCUCCAUCUUCCAUGUGACAGCUCUUGAGAUAUCUGAAGAUGGCUAUCAUAUCUCUUCUCAGUCUCCUCUUUUCUAGGAUAAACAUCAGCAGCUACUUCAACUGAUCCUCUGCAAACCUUCCAGCUUGUCAACAUCUUUCUUAAAUUGUGGUGCCUAGAAUCAUGGGUAUAGCCAAGAUUUUUGUUAGAGGGGCAGGCUUUUGUUUGGGGGCUGCAGAACCUCAGAUUUGUAUUGAUUUGUAUUGAUUUAGGGGGGGCAGCUGCCCCCCUACCCUUCCUUGGCUAUGCCCAUGCCCAGAAUUGGACACAGUAUUCCAGGUGUGGUCUGACCAAGGCAGAAUAGAGGGGUUCUAUUACUUCUCUUCAUCUGGACACUAGACCUCUGUUGAUGCAGCCGAGAAUAGCAUUAGCUUUUUCUGCAUCUGCAUUACACUGUUGACUCAUGUUAAGCUUGUGGUCCACCAAGACCUCCGGAUCUUUUUCAUAUGUACUGCUAGUAAGCCAGGUGUACCACAUCCUAUAUUUGUUUAUCUGGUUCUUCCUGCCUAAAUGCAGAACCUUACAUUUGUCCCUAUUGAAAUUCAUUUUGUUAGCUUGCGCCCAGUUCUCCAAUUUGUUGAGGUCAUUUUGAAUUUGGAAUCUGUCUUCUGUGGCAUUAGCUCCCCCUCCCAGUUUGGUGUCAUCUGCAAAUUGGAUAAACAUCCCCUCAAUUCCUUCAUCCAAGUCGUUUAUAAAGUCGUUGAACAUCAGUGGGCCCAGAACAGAGCCCUGCAUCACCCCAUUUAUUACUUUUUUCCUGCAUGAUGAGGAACCAAUAAUGAGUACUCUUUGGGUUUGGUCAGUCAACCUGCUACAAAUUCACCUGUUACCUCAUUCAACCCACAUUUUACCAGCUUCCUCACAAGAAUAUCAUGGGGAACUUUGUCAAAAGCCUUGCUGAAAUCAAGAUAUACUACAUCCACAGCAUUCCCCAGAUCCACCAAGCUUGUGAUUCCAUCAAAGAAAGAAAUUAGAUUUGCCUGGCAUGAUUUGCUUUUGAGAAACUUGUGUUGGGUCAUAGUAAUCACAGCAUCCUUUCUAAGUACUCACAGAGCAACUGUUGCAUUAUCUGUUCUAGGAUCAUUCCUACAGGCAAUCCUCACCUAAGUCCACUCCACCCCAUUCCACCCCACCCUGCCUUGUUCCGCCCCUUUUUGUGACAUUUUUAUGACAGUUUGGCACUACUUCUGGGUUUGGCACUGUGUACACAUAUGUAAUUGUGCGUCAUUCGGACGUGCCUAAAUUGGUUGUUGCCUGUAUUGAUAUCAAACUCACCAGUUGGUAGUUACCUGGGUCUUCUUUUCCCCCUCUCUCCCCUCAGGUUGCUGCCUGCUGCCUGCUUCUAGACCAAUUCUCACAGCCCCCCUGGCUCCGGCUUUGGUCCGCCUAACCACUGACCAGUUGACCCACCCAUUUGCCCUCUGACACAGAGCAACUUCCUUUCUUAAUAUUAAUAAUAAUAAUUUAUUAUUUAUACCCCACCCAUUAUUUAUACCCACACUUAGGGGCCAUGAUGGCCCUUGCCUGGCUACUUCAACAGCGGGAUCCUCCAUUAGAUUGUAACCCUUGCUGGGUCCAGGAAUGAGAAGGGGCUCAGGCACACACCCUCCCCCCCCCCCAAGCAUCACAACAAUAUGUUCAAUCCAGCUCGGGGUGAUUCCUCAGAAGUAAGUUGCAGUGUGGUUCAUCUGACUGCAUAGUCUUAAAUUCCUCAUCAUGCACCUGCAAUUCUAUGCAUGUCUACAUAGUGUGCAAUUAGUGAUGGGGAAGAAAUUAAACUCAGUUCACAUUUCAAGAUGGACUUACUUAAUUUGCACUGUCCACCCACCCUGCAAACUCUGCACAUCUCCAGGCAAGUAAAGUGUACCAGAAUGUACAUAGAAUCUUAGAGUUGGAAGAGACCCCAAGGGUCAUCUAGUCCAACCCCCUGCAGUGCAGGAAUCUCAGCUAAAGCAUCCAUGACAGAUGGCCAUCCAACCUCUGUUUAAAAACCUCCAAGGAAGGAGAGCCCACAAACUCUCAUGGGAGUCUGUUCCACUACCAAACAGCUCUUACGGUCAGAAGGUUUUCCCUGAUGCUUAGUUGGAAUCUCCUUUCUUGCAACUUGAAGCCAUUGGUUCAAGUCCUACCCUCCAGAGCAGGAGAAAACAAGCAUGCUCCCUCCCCCAUGAGACAGCCCUUGAGAUAUUUGAAGAUGGCUAUCAAAUCUCCUCUCGGUCUCUUCUUUUCCAGGCUAAACAUACCCAGCUCCUUCAAGCACUCCUCAUAAGCAGGGGCGGAGGAAGAGGGGGCGAUGGGGGCGAGCCGCCCCAGGUGUCACCACUGAGGGGGGUGACAAAAUGCCGGGUGGCACUCGCCGUGGGGCUUGCACCCGUGCCUGAGCUAUGCGUCUCUCCUGAGCGAGAUGUGGUGGCUUGGGUGCAUCCCUGCCCAAAUGGUCCACCCGCUGCCUCCCCCCGCCCCAGCUGUAGGGCGGCUGAAUGGGAGGAGGCAGGCAGACUCCUCGGAGGCCCCAUGGAGCCCCAGCUGGCCCCGCCCCCGUGGGCAGCUGGUUCCGCCUUCAGGCACAGGGCACGCACACCGCCCCAGGCACCCGAUCGGCUUGCUCCACUGCUACUCAUAAGGCUUGGUUGAUCCCUUGAUCCUCUUGCUUGCCCUCCUCUGCACACCAUCCAGCUUGUCAACAUCCUUCUUACAUUGUGGUGCCCAGAACUGGACACAGUGUUCCAGGUGUGGUCUGGAAUAGAGUGGGACCAUGACUUCCCUUGAUCUGGACACUAGACUUCUGUUGCUGCAGCCUAGAAUAGCAUUAGCUUUUUUUGCUGCUUCCUCACAUGGUUGACUCAUGUUCAGCUUGUGGUCCACUAAGACCCCAAUAUUCUUUUCACAUGUACUGCUAGUAAGCCAGUGUAAAGGGCAUACAUGGUGUAAAUGCAUAUAUAAGUGAAGAUAACAUACAAAAAUUAUAGGAGGAGGAACUGUUUUGCAAAGAUGUGUAUAGUAGGCAAAAUUGCAGGAGAAAACUGCACUAAAGUGCUAGUGAAUUUCAUGAGGAAUAUUUUUUAAAACAUUUGCAAACCAAUGUAUAGAACUAAACAGAUGACUACAAAAAUGAGAAGCUGAGGAGGGUUUCCCUCAAAAGAUAACCUCUACCUGCAAACAACCCCCCUAAAAUCAUACAACAGCAACACCUCAACAAUGACCCCAAAUUGUUUUUUAAAAGAGAAAUUUAAAAAAUAAGUGGAAGAGGCAGGGUGCCUUGUUGGGCUCCAAGGGGGAUGAUUUCUCAGAGAUUUGCAAUGCCCAUGGGCACAUGUUGGGAACCCCUGUUUUUUAUGUAUUUGAUUUUUAUUUUCUUGGAGGCCCCCCAAAAGACAUUAUGAAAACCUGUAUUCCCACACAUAAACAACUAACAGCAGUAUACAUCUGUAAAACACAUUCUUAUUAAGUGAUCCACAAGUUAAUGUAAACCUUUGGGACUGGUCUUUGGUUUUCUGGAGAAUUUCUGAACAAAAUAAAUCUCCCCCUUUCUCCCGCCAAGUGUCCUUUUGUGCUUUGUUCCUCUAGCUGGUCUUAACUUGUGGAUCAAUCUUCCCAUAAGGGCAAGAGGCUAUCCUCUUUUGUACCAGGGAUUCAGGGUUGCACCUUUUAAGUCAUUCCGGAAUGCAGCUAUAACCAUUUAUGCUGCCACUAAGAGAAAUCCCAGUUAGUGGUUUAUCCACCUAGUCCUGAUUCUCAUUUAAAUACAGAUUCAGUAAUGCAAGGGCUGCAGACUUUGCGACAUGCUGUUGAGUAAUUUUACUUAAUUCAUUACUAUCUAGAUGGCUUCCCCUUUCCUCAAUUUAAUCCCCACAACAACCCUAUGAGGUAGGUCAGGCUUAGAAGCAGUGACUGGCCCCCAAGGCUACCCAGGGAGCUUCAUGGCCAAGUGAGGAUUUGAACCCUGGUCCCUGCCAGGUUUUAGUCUGACACUCUAGUCUAACCGCUACACAGCACUAGCUCUAUUUCAUUAAACCCUGAGUAAAAUACUUGUUGACACUUUAAACACUUGCUCAUUAAACACUUGUUCCCCCCAAUCUGCCACCUUCGGACAUGCCCACCACAAGUGCCUAUAGCUGCCUCUCCCCCAGCCCCUCGCCAGGACACAGAGCCCCCAUUCUAAGGCUUCGCUGGUUGUACUUUUGCUCUUGGGAGGCUGGGGUUCUUAGAAGCCAGAUGCCUAAGGAAAGUGCUUCAGACCCCACGCCUCAUCCUGUUUUCUGCCAUGCUCCCUUUAGGGCGAUGGGCCAAGCGCCAUUCUGGAACCUGCAGCAUUUUUCUGGCAAAUGCUCUAAUUAUUCCUAUUGCGUUUUACAGCCUGUGUUCAGCUCCAUGCCAUCCUACCUCCAUGCAGAGAGAUCUCCGACCCGUUAUUCUUUCCAGGAGUUCGGAUUCCUGCCUUGCUCUGACAUGAUGAAUGACUUUUGAGCAAUCUGAUACGUGCCGUGCCCCUCCGUCUUGCACACCCAUUCCAUUGCCAGUUGUCUUAAAUGACCAGAUCCGAACGGCAUUGUUGCAGUCAGACAAAAUGGAAAGAGGAAUUCCUUACCACAUGCCUGGAUGUCUCUUGUUCGAAUUUAAUUGAAUUCUUGCUUGUGCUAAAACAGCCAUCAAUUAUUCAAGGCCGCAUUCAUUAAUUCUAAAUAUUACAAGCAAUAAGUGGGGUGUUAUUGCACCGUUAAGGAUUCAGGCAGAUAAAUGCACCUGCUUGUUGCAUUUUAAUCCUGCAUACUUGAUCAGCCAUCAAGCCUGGAAAGGAUUUAGCCUGCUGCAGCUCACGAGAGAUGGGAAAUGGAUAUUUAUUUUACAGAGAGCUAGUUACCAAUCUAGUCAACAGUGUGAUGCAGCAGCAAAAAAGAGAGAAAUGAAUGCUGUUCUAGAGUGCAACAACAGAAGAAUAUAAUGUCCAGAUCAAGGGAAAUAAUAGUAUGUCUCCCUUCUGCCUUGGUCAGACCCCACCUAGAACAACACUGUGUUCAGUUCAAGGAGGGCAUUGGCAAUCUGGAAGGUGUGUAGAGGAUGGCAACCAAGAUGAUCCAGGGUUUGGAAACCAAGGUGGAAUUUACACACAUAUAAAAAGCGUUCUGAAAAUGCUUUUUUAAAACCGUUUUUUAAAAAUACAUUGAAUUUUCCAUAAGGCUCACCAUCACCAUCCAGUGUCACACUUAAAACAUUUUAUUUGCAGCUGUAUAGCUGAGUUCCAAGCCUUAAGAGGAACAGCUGAGGGAGCUGAGGAUGUUUAGCCUGGAGUCUGGAGAAGAGGAGACUGAGAGGAGAUACGAUGGCCAUCUUCAAAUAUCUCAAAGGCUGUUACACAGAAGAUGGAGCAAACUUGUUUUCUCCUGCUCUGGAGGGUGGGACUCAAACCAGUGGCUUCAAGUUACAAGAAAGGAGAUUCCGACUAAACAUCAGAAAAAACUUUCUGCCAGUAAGAUUGGUUUGACAGUGGAACUGUUUCCUUCAGCAGGUUGUGGGCUCUCCUUCCUUGGAGUUUUUUAAGAAGAAGUUGGAUGGCCGUCUGUCAUGAAUGCUUUAGUUGAGAUUCCUGCAUUGCAGGGGGUUGCACUCAGUGCUUUUUUUCUUAAAAAAAAUGUUGAGGGGUACUCUCAUUUUGACUCAAGAAGAUCACCAUUUUAUUGUUCAAAUCGGAAAAAAUAAAUACAGUAAAUGGAGAAAAGUAAAAAGAUUCACAAAAUAUUUAGGGGGUCUGUGUACCCCCAGGAAAAAAGCACUAGCUGCACUAAAUGGACCUCAGGGUCCCUUCCACCUCUACAAUUCUAUGAUUCUAUUAUCACUAGCAUUGCUUAAAAGAGUAAAUAAAACACACAGAGGUCCCAUUGGUAAGAGGGGAAAUCUUCUUUACUUACGGUGUUUUCAUCUUUAUGAGGUCGGCUGCCUUGUGCAUUUUUCCUGACUAUCUGUUAGUCUCAGCCCCAUCCUCUGCUGAUGGGGGCCUGCAAGGUAUACACAAGACUGACUUAGUGACACAAGAGAGCAUCCUCAGAAGACAAUACCCACCACAAACACCCCCCUCCGUGCUAGAAUGCUGGCUUUCCUAAAUACUAAUUCAACAAGCACAUUAAAUCUUAUCAAGUCUGCAAGUUAGUAUUGUAAUAAAUGAAAAUCUGCCCUUAUUCCCUUAUGGGGGAAUAAGAGCCCUUAUAGAGUCUUUUGCAGGUUCUCCAUCGGUCGGAGAAAAUAACAGGCCAACCAGAGAAUAUUGAGAAGCAAAGCAGCUGAAAAGCCUGAUCUUUAUUGAACUGUUGCAACAGGAUUCUCCCCUCACACGCAGGAAAGGAGGAGGACCCCAAACAAAGGUGUGCCCGCCCUUAUAUAGACAUUUUUAAUUGCCUGCCCUGGAGUCCAAGACCACCCUCAGAAACAUCAUACCUACAUCACAGAAAGGGUGUAGCUCAAGAGAAAUCUGAGUUCGUUGUUUACCUCCUGUCUGGCAGGUUACCUGUUAAUGCUCACUUGAUUGGAUACCCUGGGUAGCCUGGCCAGUCUUUUGUAAUGAUAAAUACUUAGUUCCUGAGCCAGGUCACAGGCUCACCCUAUUCAUACACAGACAUACCCUUAAGACAGGAUUUGUGAAUGAAAAGACAAUGGAGAGGCUUUUCCAUUUUCCUUGACCUUGCAGAGAAAUCAUUUGGUCAGUUUGGGAGUCAAAAUGGUUUCCAGGCUGUUUUCCUGUGCUGCUUCAGACAUGUGGUUCAUAUAUUUAUGUACGUGUUUGCUUGGUACAUUUAUGAACAUUUAUUAUAUAUAGACCUUAAUUUUUUUAUUUCAGUAUAAACCGUUGGAACUGGUCUUUGAUUUUCUGGAGAAAUUGUAAACGAAUCCAGUUAUCAUCGCUGGUCCUGCUGUAAGGGGGUACGAUUAGCUCUUUACAUUGCCGCCCCCCAAAUAUACUUAGAAGAGACAGCUUAUGUUACAACCUGCGAUUGUGGGAAACCAGAGCCUAGACUUCCCAUUUAGGGUUUUUAAUGUUGCAAUUCUUAACACACUUUGCGGAGAGGGGGAACCUGCCUUCCAAUACUCAUGCAUAGAAAUGAGCCCACAUCUGGAGAGGAUUUCAUCAGAGCCACCCAGGCUGGCCUUUGCUGUGGGAGAGCAUCCUUGGGGGCUGAGGAGAAGCCCCUGUGCAGUGGCGUAGCGUGGGGGGUGCAAGGGGGGCCAGCCACACCGGGCGCAACAUCUGGGGGGGGCACUCGCAGCUCUCUGCCCCCUGCUAAAAUCCAUGGGUUAGGGGGCGCAAAUUACUUGCCUUGCCCCGGGUGCUGACAACCCACGCUACGCCACUGCCCCUGUGGCCUGCGAAUCGCCUUGGAGGGACUCUGGAGAGGAAGAGCAGAAAGAUGUAACAUCACGCAAUCCUGUUCCUUUGGCUUGCGUCUGCUUGCAGCAUCUGUUCCAGAUCAGGACUCUGUCCCUUUCUGCCUCCCUUCUGACAUGCCCCUCCUGAAGAAUGUGGCUCCCCAACAUCAGCUGAGGUCUGAAUGAGCUCAUUGUUGCCCCUGUUAUUCUGGUCAUAAUCUCCAUCUCUCUUUCCUGGAUUGUUUUUUUGGUGGGGGGACAACGACAAAGGUGACAACAGAGAUUAAGCCCUCUGCUGGGCUGCUAUACCUUCACUCUUACUUUUGUGAAUACUUCUCAUCUUUUAGGUUUUUUUUAAAGACUUUAUCAUUUAGAGCUGGGGUGUAACAAAAGCUUUGCAAAAACAGAGGUCUUCUCAGCAAGCAUUUGCUCUUGGGCUGCCUGAACUGCCAAGCCUCUCAGCCUAGGACUGUCCAGGGGAAGGGGCUGUUUUUGGCGCUCAUUGCAAAUGGGAAUGGAAAUCACAGGGGCUUGUGAAACUAAAGCAUGCAUGAGAUCAGAAAAUGUUCUGGGACUUCUUCAGAUCUUAGCAUUCACCAGAGGUGGGGUAGAAAUUUGGUUUGGUUUGCAUUUUAAUGUGGACUGGUCUCAUUCUCAAAACAAUAUGCAAACCAGAGUGCAGCUUGCCUUUAAAAUUUGCACUUCUCCAGAUUUUACAAUGCAGAAAAAUGUGUUCAAACAUGCAUAUUUAUGGGACAGUUUAAUUUUUUCUUUAUUAUUAAAAGCUAAAAUAACAUUUAAACUGUAUUAUAUUUGGGGAAAAUUCUUUUUAAAAUGUGUUAUAUUAGGCAAAAUCACAUGCAAAGGUGUGUUUAUUAGGAGGAAGAGAGUUUUAAUGUUUAAAAGUUCAACAUAUAUAGAUAUUUAAUAUAUAGAUAUUUAAUGUGGAAAUGUGUUGGACUGGAAAUACUGGAAAAUGAAAAAUUUAGAGAAACGUAAAUUGACAGAUCUAACCAUCCCUGCCAUCCACCUUGAAUUACAAUGGAAGCAUUUAUGGCAAACUGAGUAUAUUUUGAUUUUUCAGCUCUCAGAUUACACACACACACACACAAAGCAGCAAAGAGGAAUGAGAUGUAAAUUGCAUACCACUUUUCAAGGGGAAAAAUCAUCCAAAAUAUGUUUACAAAUGAGAUAUCAGAUAAGCAAUAAAAUACGAUUUAAGACUGCAAAGCACUGCCAAAAUCUUAAAGCAAUAUUUCAAAAUGUUUCUAAAAAGCCAAGAGGACCAACACUAAUCCAGCAUAAUGUAAAAUUAUCAAAAUCAGGUAAACAUUGGAAAGUUCUGCAGCUCAGAUCAAACAAGUUGCUAAAGGUGGUGGGAAAAGGUGGAACGUCUUGAAGGCUGCAAGAGAAUGAAGAGAACAACCUAAGGAGAGCCGGCUAUAUCCAGCCAAUGGCCCAUCCUCUUCUCCCAGUGGCCAAAUGGAUGGGCUGGCCUGGUCGGACUCUGACAUCUCACGUAAUCACAUUCCACCGUUGUGGGGCUGCCGCUAAGAAUGCCUUCAUCAUGAGCGCUUCACAGACAUUUCAUAGUGGAUUCAGUAACUUCAUUGAUUGACUGUAAACUAUCAUCAUCAUCAUUAUUAAAGAUUUCCUUAUACUACGUCAGAUCCUGGCUCCACCUAGCUCAAUGUUUUCUCCUUGCAAGGCAGAUGUUGUGCCACAGAGCUACGGCCCCUUCGCCUAAGAGAGUGUGUAUUGUUUUGAAAAUGGCCAAAAACAAUAAAAGGAGCAGAAUUGGUUUUCUCCUGACUCCAAAGCAGACAAAAGAGCAGGAUUGUGCUGGGCACCAUCCACUGUGCAGUCCUUUCCUGCCAAAGUCCGGUAGACGUGGAGGGGGAAGACGGGAUUCUCCUGGAGGGCUCCUAUUCCUCAGAAGGUCUUCUGCAGAUCUUCCUGAAUGACUGAGCCCAUUGUGUUUUAUUUAACUGCAGAACUAUAGGACCCAAUUAAAAAUAAUGAGGCCCGUCUCCACCUGCCAGGCUCAGUUAGUGAUAAUGGAAGCUGAUAGCUCCUGGAAUAUAUUCAUUUUUGUCUGAUAGGUGAACUAGGGCAGGGGUCUUGGCUUGGGUCAGUGGCACAUCCCUAGCAACAAAACAUGGGUCAUUCGCACCCAAGGGGGCCUUUAGGAACCCAGUGAUUAAAUAAGGAAGUAGGAAGUAAAUCAAAUACAAAAACGUGAAGGACACCCCCCCUCUCCGUUUCAGCUGCAUUUUACUGUUUGGCUAUUCAUCAGAUUAUUCCCUCUCUUUAAGGCCAAUGGGAAAAAUCCACUGACUGUGGACAGAUGAGGAGGGGGAUCCAUUUGACAUAACACAUCCAGGGACAAAGAAAACAAGCAAUGUGAUUCUGGUCCACAUUGAGGAGUUGUGGAAAGGUCAGUAUUUCCUGCCCCAUCCCAGAACCACCAUACAAGCCUAAUUGUAUUACGAAAACCUGAACUUGAUCGCGUUUGGGUUUAACUGAAAGAAUUAUUAGAAGCGCUGACAUCUGCAUGGCGAGAUCAAUAUAAAAUCACAGAGCUUUUAGUUAAUGCACCAGGUUUCUUUUAUCAUUCAGCUCCCUCUUGAGGCAUUAAAAAAUACACAUAUAUAUUUACCCGUCAAUGGAGACAGUGUGCUGGGGAUAUGUCCUAAAUGAGAGCCACAUGGGAGGAAGCAAGCCCAGUGGAUGGUGUUUAUUAUUGGCUCAGGCCUUUCAAAACAUACUAUUUUGUGUAUGUGAGAAAGAGAGAGAGGAGGGGGGAUUUGAACUUGGCCAUCUGACAUGACCGGUUCUUGAAUUAACGUUAAGUAUCUGUGCGGCGAGAGCACUCCAAACUUGGAGAAACUGGACAGGACCUGUCAUUUUGAAUGAGUAAUCCAUCCUGAGUGCAGAGGAGAGGCAACACAUUGCUUCCCCCUUCAGUCACGGAGAAGGGCAAUCACUAUCUGUCAGCAGCUCUUUAAACACACACACACACCCCAAGAUGGGAUGCUUAACUUAUUGGCAGCAAUUCAGCCCUGGCACCUCCACUGUCAGCAGUGGGUGACUUUGACACUUGUUAGUAGGUGACCACGUUGCAAGCUGCGCACCACCUCCCGUCUCUCUUGGCCAUGAUAAUUUUUUUUAAAAAAAACACUAACAUCUUUCUCUGUGUCUAAUGAUGUUCCUGAGAGAGGCGAGAACAGCCUUUCUUGCGUUCUCCACCCACCUUGAGCCACUGCAAACAGCAGCCAGCAAAUGCCUUAAAGGGACGCAAUCCAUCGUCCAAUAGUCCAGCACCCAUUCCUUCGGAUGAAAUUGCGCAUCAUAAACAGCUUAUGGUGGGAGUUCGUGGUACAUCCAUUGCAGAGCUAAUAACAAUGUGGAUUCUGUGUAUUUGGGCUUGAAUAGACCAGUGCAUAGCUACCGUAAACCAUGGAGCUUGCUCCCACGGGAGGCAGUGAUGGCCCCCAGCCUGGAUGGCUUUAAAAGAGGAAUAGAGAAAUUCAUGGAGCUACUAGCUAGGAGGCUCUGCUCUGCCUCCAUGUGCUUCUGAAUGCCCAUUGCUGGGCAUUGCAGGAGGGGGCAGGGCUCUUGCGCUUGGGUCCGGCUUGCGGGUUUCCUAAACACAUCUGGUUGGGCAAUGUGAGAACAUGGAUCCUGGACUGGAUGGGCCAUUGGCCUGAUCCAGCAACUCUUCUUAUGUUCUUAGCCGCAGAUUGUAUCCUAUUAGAAUAGUGUAUAUUGGAGCAAUCUAAAUUAGGCUGGCUGAUGAAGUUCUAUUACAUGGGAAGAACGUGAGACAUGCCCAAAGCUGUUUUGAGGGCGCAGCCAUGGGGGGUGGACAUGCCCCCUUCCAGGGGAGCAGCACAAUGGCACCAUCACCUAUUCUCCUCCAGACCUCUUUUGGUGGCAGAACUUUGCAGCUAUCCUGACAUCAUUGGGAGCAAUUUUUUAAGCUUUCCCACAUCACUACAAGAGCACGUAGGUAGCCGGGGAUGUGUGUCUGCCUUUUUGCACCAUUUCCUGUGUUUUGUGUGUGUGUCCCAGGAUAAGUGAAUAUUGGCUACAGCAGCUGUUCUGAUGAUGCAGUUACAACAUUCCUCCCCUCCUCCUCCCCCCGACUGCAUCAGCAUAAAUUAUGGGUAUAGGAUUGCUCUGCAUGUUGCUUUUUUUCUCUAUAGUUGACAACUAGGAUAGCUACUCUCAAGUUAUAUAUAUAGUUUAAAAAUGCACACAAAACUCAGCAGGUAGCUUGUGAAUUUUUUCUCUGAUCUACAGAGUUAUUAGUAUCAAUAAGAAAAGAUUAUGUAGGGAAAGAGGAAGGGGAAAUGUCUGAAAGAUACCAGAAAUCCCCUUUUGUCCUUGUGUUCCCCAUUAGUACACCCCAUAACACCAGCUGGGAGGAGAGCACAUCGUGAUCGAUUCAGCUGGUCACCCGUGUGCUACAGAAGAAGCCAAAAACCGACAAGCAGUUGGCUCAUUCUCUUGCGAUAUUGUCACCCAGGAAACAAAUCUAUGAUGACACAGUUACAUGCAUCUGUGAACCUCCUGGCCUCAUAGGUCACUGGGCAAAUCUCUGCAAACCCAACUGUUGACAGUUCUUCACGGGGUUCCCCACAGGAAACAGAAGGUUAAUUGACCAUUCCCCAAAACCAUGAAGUGCUUUUGAAAAUGUUAGUUUUAAAUCAUGGGACACAGCCCCCUGGACUACAAAAAGGAGCAAGUGCGAGAGGGGCUUGUUUCUACUAAUUACUGAAAUGUUGGAUUUGGGGACUGGGAAGGUGAAAAAACGGUUUAAUUGGAUUUCCGAGUCAUGUCAAAAUUGAGCAGAAGCAACCUAAGAAGCGGUGGCAGGAUUUGGGACAGAGACAUUUGAGGAGGGUGGGUGGAUCCAUCAGGCUAAAGUGUCCCUGGAUAAAAAUAACACCCCUGCCUCGAUUGUUCCAAUUUGAUUAAUGCCUGUCAAGGAGACGUGCGUAGAAAAGUCUCACCCUGGUCCAUGUAGAAUCUGGAAAGGACAAACGGGGAUGAAACAUUGAAGACACAGCUCACAUUGCAAAGGGACCAACUUCAUGUCCUGACAAUACCCCAAAGCAGAUGCCAGCAGCUCAUCUGCUAUCUCAACAAAAUACAUGGGGAGAAACAACAAUGCUGGCAUGUCCUUGUAGGUCUGACAGUAACAGGAAGCACAGAAGACCUAAAACAAUUUGAGAUCUUGUGCUGGAAGAAGCAUCACCAACAGCUGGGGCAACAGGGCAGUCUUCCCCAGGAUGGGGCUUUCCAGAUGUUUUGAACUAACCCCCAUGACAUGACAUGGAGAAAGUUGAGAAAUAAUUUUUUCCCCCUCCCUCUUUCAUAACACUAGCAAAUCACGGACAUCCAAUGAAGCUCAAUGUCAGAACAUUCACAAGUGAUAAAAGAAAGCACUUAUUCACGCAGCAGAUUGGUUGAACUAUGGAACUCGCUGCCACAGGAGGCAGGGAUGGCCUUUAAAAGAGGAUUGGACAAAUUCAUGGAGAAGGCUAACAAUGGCUGCUAGCCACGAUUGUUUUGCUUUGCCUCCACAGCUGGAGACAGUUGGUAUCCAUCUGUCUCGGGAGACACUGGAAGAGUGUGCUUUCAAGGAUGAAGUCCAAAGGUUGGUGAGUUACAGCGCCUGUUGUGGCUGUAGAGACUGAUAGGGGAGAGACAUGUUUUGUUGCAGUUGUGGCAGAGGAAGGCAUCCGGUUGUGUUGCUGCAGAUGCACCAGGGCGUUUUUCCUCUCUGCGCUUUUCCCAGCAGUCAUUCCUCCUCUGAGCAUUGUUGUGGAUGCAUGACCUGACUGUCUCCAGGCACUGCAGUCAUCUGCUAAGGAUUCCUACAAGGCAGAUUUAAGGUUAACAGAGGCAACAAUGCUUCUGAAGACCACUUGCUGGAAACUGCUGGAGGUGAGAGGCCUCUUGUGCUCAAAUCUUGCUUGUGGGCUUCCCACAGGCCUCUGGUUGGUCACUGUGAGAAGAGGAGUCUGGACUAGAGGGGCCCCUGGGGCGGAUCUCGCAGGCUCUUUUCCUGUUCUGGACUUGACACUAACUUUGACAUUCUUUUCUCACCAGGCAGACAUUUUCCUUUUUCUGGGGCAGCACCCAGGUAUUGAUGUUUAUAUAUUCUGACUAUGUUUUUAACUUCAUAAACUUUUGUUGCACUACCCAAAGGCCAUGGCAUCAUCCAAAAACAUCAACAGUCACUACUGUUUAUAUACAAUAAAACCACAGACAAAUCUACUAAAAUUCUGUUACAUAGGUAGUUCUCAUAUAACAUGUACAAAUUAAAUCUCCGAGUCCCCUUUGCAGUUGGCCACUAGCUUAUCUGGUUCUUUCACCCUAAUCUUCCCAGCUGCCAAGGUGCAGAGAGCUACUUUAUAAGCUACAAAGUCACCGGCCUCCCUCUGCAGCCGUUUCACCUUCUCUGCCCUGGUUGUUCUCGACAUACUUGUGCAUUUUGCUUAUUGCUGAUAUUGUAAAGACUGCCUUCUAUUUGAACCAGUCAGGCACUAGGACCACCCUCACGUCUCCUGACCUUGGUUUUCAGGAAGACCUUUUUGUCCGUUACAUCCCUGCAUAUAAUCAGUGGUUGGUCCUAUUGUACAACUCCGAUGCACCAUCUGUAUGCUCUCAAGUGACUAGACUUUUGCUAAAUGCCUUUUCCUGGUGGGAUUAAUGGGCAAUUUCACACUAAAUGAUUUUAACUACAAUUUGUUACACUGACAGAAAGUAUUACAAGCAAAUUUCACCCAUGGGGGGUGGGGAGGCCUGGCCUUGUAAAAUGGAGCACCUAUCGCUCUGGUUUAUGUCUAUUUCAGUUUAAAUAUCAAUCUACAAGAAAUACAAAGAGGAUUUGUAACACAAGUGGAGGGGGGAAUUAAAUGCUCUGGUAAAUUAAAAGAGGCAUUAAGCGUUCUGAGGAAAUAAGUUGCUUGUUUAAAAGCAGUUAUUCACUAUAAUUUAAGUGUGUGUGUGUCUAGACUUUCCUAGUGCUGUUUUUCGCUUCUCUAGCCCAUUUUGGUGCACAUGGUGAUGCGUGGAUCAGCCCUUUGCUCUAUUUCUGUUAAGCAAAUCACUGUGUUUGUUGCAGAGUACUGGAACUUGCUAGCCAGUGUGUCGUAGCAGAAACACAUUCUGAAUGAUGCCCUAGUAGAGACCGGAUGAACACUCCUUAUUGAUAUACCAUGUCUACUUUAAUUUACCUGGAAGAAGGAAGAGGAAGGUUGACUCAGGAUUGCUGCACACAGGUUAUGCAUUUUGUAAAUUCAAGAGGCGGCUUACUCAAUGCUCUGCCUCCACAGUCAGAGGCAGCGAUGCCUCUGAAUGCCAGUUGCUAGAAGCCACAGGAGGGCAGAGUUGCUCUUGUGCCCGGGGCCUGUUUGUGGGCUUCUCAUAAUGGGGGGCCCCUGGCUGGCAAGGGUAAGAACAGGAUGCUGGCCUAGUUGGGCCAAUGGCCUGAUCCAGCAGAUGCUUCCUAUGUCCAUCUGUGGCACCCAUGUUUGUUUAUUUAUUGAACUGCUUUUAGACCCCACCCUUCCUCCAAAUAGAAGUGCAGGACAACUUACAUCACAACACAUGGAGUAACCAUACUAUAAUAUAUAAAGCAAAAAUGAAACACAAUUGCACAUUUAUUAUUUGUACUUUUUUCACAGCAUUUAUAUACCACUUGCAAUUAAUAACAUCUUAAAGCGGUUUACAAACUUUGUGCAAAUGAAUGAGGAGGAUUGCUGAAUAAACAGGUCAUCUGGAAGCAAUCAAAAGGGAAUCUGCAUGUGCUCAGAGGUUUUCUGUUUCUGGUAAGAACUGGCAAAGCUUAUUGUUGCUCUGUGAAAGCCCCAGGGAGACCUGGAAUGGGCGGGGUGGGCAGAAAACAUCAGAACAUUGGAAGAACCCUGCUGGGUCCCACAAACCGUUUCCACAGGGGCUCCCCAAGGCCUGCUGGAAACCUGCAAGCAGGAUCUGAGCGCAAGAUCUGUGGUUUCCAACAACUGGGAUUCAGAAGUAUUGAUGCCUCCAACCGGGGGGCCAACUUGAAUAAAAUAUGGGGGGGGGGCUGCCAGUAAGCCCUGCCCUGCAUAAUCAGUCGCAUGACAUGCCGCGCACACACCAUUUGAACGGCAAUGCCCAUCAACUUGGAAGGAGCAGCCCCUCAAAUAUUUUAUUGGGGACCUUGGCUGCUAGGAGUUGGCUCCUCUGCAAUCAGCACUCUGGCUAGGAGCCAUCCAGAGCUCUCUCCUCCUCCAUGAAUUUGUCCAAUCUUCUUUCAAAACCAUCCAGGUUGGUGGGGCGGGGGGGGGGGGGUUCUGCCCCUCCUAACAGACAUCCUGGCUCUGCCCGGCCUCCCCGCCUCCUCUUGCAGCGGGGAGUUCCACAGUUUAACAGCUCUGCUCCGCGGCAGCCGGACGGGCCUCUCCGGGCUUCCUCCUCGCGGGCCCUUUCCCGCUGCUGGAGGCGCGGGCGCCGCGGCGCCAAAGGGGAGGCCGGCCCGCCCGCCCGCCCUCCGGGCGCUGCCGCCGAGCCGCGUCUCGGGGCGACUGGGAGCUCCUCGCGGCCGAGACCCGGCUCCGCGCGCUGCCUCCGGGCUUGGUUGGGGGGAGAGAGAGAGAGAGAGAGAGAGGGAGAGGGAGAGAGAGAGAGAGAGAGAGAGAGGAGGGAGAGAGGGAGAGGAGGGCGCCGCCGCUGCCCCCCCCCCGCCGGCCGGCCGGCCCGCCCCUUCUGCGCAUGCUCCAGGCUGGACAGCUCCCCGAGAGGGAAAUUUAAAAACGGUUUGGCGAGCGAGGAGGAAGCGAGGAGAGCGCAGCCCGCCGGGCCAAGGGAGCAGCCGGGCGCCCGGGCAGCCGCCGCCGCCAUCGUGGUGCAGGUACCUGCCUCCCCCCGCCCCGCCCGGGGGCGCCUCUUCUGCAGGACCCCCGAAGAGAUCCCGCGGGGGGGAGCCCGGGACCCGGGGGGGCAUAAGGGGGUCUGGGACCAGCUUCGCCUUCCUCCCCGUGAAAACAAAGUGGUAGUGGGAUAAAAGAUGCUGGAGUGAUUAUUGCCCCCCAAACUUGUCAGUUGCUAUGACUUCGUUUAUUUUCACCCACUUCUGCAAUCAGCGGGUUUCUUUCUUUAUUUGUUUUCUUUUGAGCAAUUAUUUCACUUCAAUGGGUUGUACUUUUGAAAAUACGGCUAAGUCCACCUUGAGUCCAGUGGGUUGCAUUUCUGAGUACUGUAAAUGUGUAAGGUCAGGCUGCUCUCUCUCUAGAUACAUAUGAUGAGGACACUCACAGCAGAAAUGCCUGGAAAGUCGGUCCUGUGUAAGUCUUACUGAAUUUGGACUUGCACAUAAGACUGCAAAAUGUUGUUUAUCCCAAAUUUAUCCACUUGACAAUGGCGGAUUUUCCCCUCAUUAUAUACUAGUGUUUGCUCAUUAAGCAUCAACAAAGGUUUUUUUAAAAAAAAAUCCAAGGAAAUCAUCUUCUGAAGCAAAAUAUGUAAGAUUUGGGUGUCAUCAUAUAUAGCAUUUUAAAGAAUCAAGAGGCUAGUUCUUUAUUUGUUGAAAUACUGGGUAGUUCUGUCAUACCUAUGUGGUCCCUCUCCCCUUCUUUCCAUGUAGGAAAUGAUAGAAAGUGAUAUCACCUCCGUCAUGUCUGGCCUCAUUCGAAAUUCAGGGCAAAGCCACCACCCUUCUCCACAAGAAUAUAGGUGAGCAUUUUCUUUCUUUCUUAAUGAAUUUGUAUUUCUCCCUGCUGUCCUGUGAAACGGUGCUCUGAGUGUCAUUUGCCCCCGUGCACACGAAUCAAUUUCACAUUUGCCCUUUGCUUUCCAAUUAGCUCUCCAGCCUGGCAAUUUCUUGCAUCUUAGGAUGUGCUCAGUAACUAAGGGUUAAUAAUUAUUUAUCUCUUCCCUUGGGAACCUGGCAGAGCAUUUUAGUAGGUGCUACUGGGGAUUUCUGUCAAAUGGCUUCUGGAGGUGUAUAAAUGCCAGGUAGAACAUCUGUACACUCCUUGGUGUGCAAACAUGGUUCAGCCCUUCCACUGAAAUGAAUGACGGGUUCUGCGUGCAUAAGAGAUUUGGUGUCUUUGACACGUAGCAAAAUCACAGACACAUUCUGGCCUCCAUCUGUUUUACCGAAGACUCAUGUGUUCAUACAAAUGACAUGAGAAAACUUGGUAUACUUAUUGGUAUAACAUUAUUCUUGUUUAUAAAACCCAUUUUUUAAAAAUUUCUUUUUUCGUGUGUGUGUGUGUGUGUGUGUGUGUGUAUUUCUUUAGUUUAAACCCCAUACUUUAUCCAGCAUGAGCUAUGGCAGUUUGGAAGUUAAUGCCAGCCAUCCGUACGCUUUGAAUAUUGAGCGUCUAAGGAUUGUCUUGCUGAAUCAAGCCAUAGUCCAGGGGAAAGGAAUCUCCCUCCCUGUCUCCCUCAGUCCAGAUGCGCCCUGAGCAGGGAGGCGGGGUCUCCAUCUGGCCCUGCUCCAACAGCACUCAGGCUUGAAAUCAGCCUUGCAUCCACAUGAGUACACCGUACAGUACAGCGUGGCCAGUUGGGCAGAUGCCUUUGGAUUCUCGCCUUCAGGGAAUCUGCGCCUACCAUCUUGGAUCUUUCCUCUGAAUAUCAAGGUUCCACUUAGCUAUCAUGCCCAGUUGGCAUUGAGAGACUCCUUCUCUGGAAACUUAUUGACUUCCCUUUGCAGCCAUAUCAGUUGGUGGCCAAUCACCACAUUGUAACCGGUGGAACUUCCCACCACUGUACACCAAAUUCCCUAAGUUAAAUUACAUGCGGUGUUUGUAAUUUUUGUCUGCUGUAAAACUGCAGCUUAAAAGCUUGAAUGGGUGACCCAAAGUUCUAGUAUCACAAAAGAGGCGGAAAAGGUUUCCUCUCUCUCCACAUAGUUCAGAAUUUUAGAAACUUCUUAUUGUGUCCUGCUUUCCUGCCACCCUCUGAAGUUAUUUACAGGAAAACAAAGCACUGCAGCUUUCUAAAAUGUUAUUGCAUCCUACCAUGUGAUAGGAGGCAGAAUAACUGCUAUAUGUACUCUCUCUCUCUCUCUCACCCACACCCACCCACACACCCACACCCACCACCACCACCAAAAACAAAAACAGCCACGCCCCCCAGUUGUUGCCUUGCUGUAUUUUGGGUUAAACUGGGUUACAUUUUAUACUGUGGUAUGAAGCUCCUUAAAGGGACGCGGGUGGCGCUGUGGGUAAAACCUCAGCGCCUAGGACUUGCCGAUCGUAUGGUCGGCAGUUCGAAUCCCCACAGCGGGGUGAGCUCCCGUCGUUCGGGCCCAGCUCCUGCCCACUUAGCAGUUCGAAAGCACCCUUAAGUGCAAGUAGAUAAAUAGGUACCGCUUUAUAGCGGGAAGGUAAACGGCGUUUCCGUGUGCUGCGCUGGUGCUGGCUCGCCAGAGCAGCUUCGUCACGCUGGCCACGUGACCCGGAAGUGUCUGCAGACAGCGCUGGCUCCCAGCCUCUAGAGUGAGAUGAGCGCACAACCCUAGAGUCUGUCAAGACUGGCCCAUACGGGCAGGGGUACCUUUACCUUUUUAUGAAGCUCCUGGCUGGACGCGGGUGGCGCUGUGGUCUAAACCACAGAGCCUAGGGCUUGCCAAUCGGAAGGUCGGCAGUUCGAAUCCCCGCGACGGGGUGAGCACCCGUUGUUUGGUCCCAGCUCCUGCCCACCUAGCAGUUCGAAAGCACAUCAAAGUCCAAGUAGAUAAAUAGGUACCGCUCUGGCAGGAAGGUAAAUGGCGUUUCCGUGCGCUGCUCUGGUUCGCCAGAAGCAGCUUAGUCAUGCUGGCCACAUGACCUGGAAGCUGACUGCGGACAAACGCCAGCUCCCUCAGCCUAUAGAGCGGGAUGAGCGCUGCAACCCCAGUGUCGUCUGCGACUGGUUCCUUUAGCUUUACCUAUGAAGCUCCUACCAAUUAAUCUACCAUCAGGUAACCUACUCAAAAGCACUUUUAAUCCUCAACUUUUGUGCAUUUGGAAUGGGCGACUCAGAAGCCCCCUUCCCUCUCUGCUGGAGGGUCUUCUACCCUUUUGCUUUGGGCAGCUACUACUUUCAGACACUCUUUCCCACGGCAAACAUUCCUGCUCUAGCCUUUCAUUGCUCAACAAGCAACUUGCUAACAUUCUCUGAAGCUCCAUGGGGAAACGGUUCAUGGAACACCUUAUGCUGCUCUUUCGUCUGGUGGACUCUUGACAUAUCCUGGCAUUUGUAAAGGAUGGAUUUCAUUGCUAAAUAAAAGUUGUAGGUAACCUAUAUAUGCCUUCUAGUAGGUUUUGUAGGUAACCUAUAUAUGCCUUCUAGUAGGUUUUGCAGAUAACGUUAUUGUUUUUGAGUGAGUGAGAUCAUUUUGAAUUCAAGACAGAAGGAAAAUAAAUAUCAUUUUCAUUUGUAGAUACAAGCCUUCCACAAACUGAAAUGGAACUUAUUUCUAAGUGAUCAUGCUGAACAUAAUACCUUAAAAAAAAAGCAGGCAUACAUGCUAUUAUUGAAACUUUUUCCCCGGUACAAACCGAGUUCCCAAAGUUUGUAAAACAUAAUGCUGUAAUUUAUUAUUAUGUAUUCUAAACUAAUUUGCCCAACCCCAUUUAAAAGCAGUAAAAGUGUAUUUAAAAAACCCUAGAUUGUACCCCAAAGUGCAUGGUAGCAUUUGUUCUACUUCAUGAGAAAGCACAUUGGAUUAUGUAAAAGAAAAUCUUUCAGACUGACUGAUUUUAAGAAGAGAAUGGACCUGUCAGAUUCUAUCAGGUCUGUUUACUCUCUUGCUGUCACUGCAGCCCGCGACUGGAACCUGCAGCCCCGAGUUCUCCAUGGGGGGGGGGGCACAUGAAGACUCCACAAAAUGGGAAUUGGCCCCCAAUUAGUGAGCGGGAGGCUGAGAUUGUGCUGAGAACACUCCACUCUCUCCCUUGAAAUGUUUCCAUUGGGCUGCGGAACUUAGAAGAGACCCGGUUUCCAAUACAGUAUUUUAAAGGAGGGGGCGGGGAGGGGAAUGAAAAGGAACGAAGGAAGAGAGUCGCAGUUUUGAAAGACCGAUCUGAGAGGCCUUCAGUUCUCUGACCAUCAAACCUUUGUGCAGACACUGCUCCCUGUUGCCUGGUUUGAUAGAUGCUGUGAUGCUUAAAUGUUAAGAACUAGCCUUUGUCCCAAGUGCUACAAUGCGCACACCUGAUCCUGGUCCGGCAAGGGAGAGUGCUGCGCAGACACAAGCAUGGCCAGGCCCACGAUGACAUCUCAUCUCAUCUUAUAAUUAAUUGUGUUUAUAUCCCACCUCCCCACCCCCCCAGGAGCUCAAGAUGGUCACAUGGUUCUCCCCCUCCUCACUUAAUCCCCGCAGCAACCCUGUGAGGUAGGUUGGGCUCAGAGCCCAGGGGGCUCCAUAGCUGAGUGGGGCUCUAGCCCCGGCCUCCCGAGUGCUAGUCUGACACUCUAACCACUAGACGUGCAGCCCCCAGAUGGCACCCAGGGCUGCCGCACUCGUGCGCUUGUGUGUCUCAGUAAAUAGGGCUCCCGCCUGAGGACUCCUCCACAGGCCCCUUUGUCCUGCCUGGGCUUUUCUGCUCUGUGCCCAAGCACUUCUAAAGCUUGCCCUUUUUUUUCUUUUUUGCCCCACUGCUUUCCCUAGGAAAACCCGAUCUUUACCACUGAAUCAGAUCAAACUUCAGUUUUGGUUUUCUGCAGAAUUGUUUUCAGCAGUAAAGAGCAGGCUUUUGCGGGGAAAGUGCCAGAAAAAAAGUGCUUGGACAUGAAAUCCCGGACCUGUGCCCAGAAAUGCAGAGCAAAGGGAAGUGUGGAGGACCCCCAGCCCCCAAUACGCCCCCCUCUGGCCGGCUUUGCUGGGAUCCAGGAUGGUUUUGCUCUGUGGCUCCAUCAGGAAUAAAGUGAGAGGAAGGAAUAAAGCCUGCUUCUUCUGGUUUCUGCUCCAGCUGUGGAGUGCCAGGGAACCUGCUCUCCGUGAAGAAAUAUGUCAUUGCAAAGGGUGAUUAGCACCCCAUGGAGUGGGAUUUACUGUUUGUGUGCUUGCCUUGGAGGAGACAUCUAUAGUCCCCUCCUCAGGGGGAAGGAACCUGUUUUGGCUCUCCAUGCAUUGUUAAGACUACAUCUCCCAGCAUCCCUGGCCACUUGGCUGGGCUGACUGCAGGGGCUGAUGGGUGCUGUAGUCCAGCAGCAUGGGGGGCAGGGGGUGCCCGUGCAGCUGCUUCCUCUGUCUUCUGGAGUCACUGGUGGAUUAAGAUGAAAACAGCCACAGGAAUGGGAGUUAUGGGGGUGGCAGUGGGGGAGAAAAAUUAUCUGAGCAUUGCUCCAUGUGGCAUUUUUACUCUGCCUUUUGAAAGGACAACAAAUCAAACACAAUGAGGGAAGUCUGGGUUCAACUGGUGGUCUUUUAUGCCAGGGCUGGGGAAAACACCCACCUGAAGCCCUGCCUGCAGAGCUCAUCAUGGAAUCAGAGAAUGGUAGAGCUGGGAGGGACCUCCGAGGGUCCUCUAGUCCAACCCCCUGCAGUGCAGGGACCUCAGCUGCAGCAUCCAGGACAGGAGGCCUCCCAACCUCUGCUUAAAACCCUCCAGGGAAGGAUGCCCAUCUGUGGCUGUGCACGCCCACACUAGACAGUUCAUGUGCCCAGGCUGACAAAAAAAAGCGCGAUGGACCACUGGCCUGAGCUGGUAUUAGGCAGAGUUGGGGGGGGGGGCCCUCACAGAACCAAGUGCCUGGAGUGAGUGCUUGGCGACUGCGCUCUUGUGAGCAAUCAGUUGAGGGGAGAGCAGUUGGCAGACGGAGCCACCCUGCUUGUUUUUCACGGUGUGCAGAACCUGUUUCAGAUGGAAAAGCCACCUAAAUCCAAAACAUCCAGUGGCUAGAAAUGCAGGCUUUAUUCCUGUGCCAUUGUUUUCCCUUCAGCCCCUUUUACAUAACAGAGAUUUACACAACCAUCUUGCAGGUCCUGCAUUGCAGGGAGUUGGACUAGAUGGCCCUUGGCAUCCCUUCCAGCUCUACAGUUCUAUGAUUCUAGACUGUCUAGCCAGGGGUAGCUGGCUUUAGCCUUGGUUGGUGGUUCAUAACAUUCAGUUCAAGAAGUUUAAAAGGGUUUUGAGUGAGUGUUCUCAAAGCUAUAUUUCCCUCUAACUCUGUGCCAACCCGUCUCCAUACAGAGUGGGGACCCAGGAAAGGGGUGGGAGGUCUACCCUGUAGGCUAGUUGUGCAAAGAUGGUGCCCUUUGGUACAGAAAAGGGGCAGGCGCCUUCCCUUCUCCUCCACACAAGGCGGAUUUAUGAGGAAGUGUUUAUUAGGGAAAAGAAUGAACAGGGAUCCCUUAGAUCUGCCAUAGAAAGCAGCUUGUUCUCCAGGGAAGAUCAGCUGGAGAAGGAGAUGGUGCUCCCACCCAGCCAUGUGCUGCAGGGGGCGGGCCAUGCGCUCGCUGACAGGAGGCGUGUGCAGUGGGUCUUGACCCUCCCCGCCCACCUGACCCCAUUUAUUUGUUGGGGGGGGGGCUGAGGGUUGCCAGGGGCCCCGGAGUGCCAGAUGGCACGGGGUUGUGUGUCUGCUGUCAUUCAGCCAGAUUAAUGGGAAGUUUGUAAAAAGGGGGAGAAAACAAUUAAGCAAGAAUCCCAAAAACAAAAGGCAGCCACGUGUGCCCCCCCCCCAGCCAACAGUCGCUGGAGCACAAUGCCUCCUCGCCUUACAAUGCCCAGGGCCAACUGUUGCAAACGACAGGGACCUUCCACAGUUUUUAAACCAUUUGAUGCUCCUGUUUACUCACAGCCUGGCCAAUGGCGGAGGAGGAAGGGGGGACCACCUGAUGCUCUUUCCCAGGCCCAGAACUCCACAAGCCCUGCCUGGCAAGGCCGGUUAUUCCAUCUUGCAGGCAAGGACUAAUACUGAGGAAGAAGAGAGCGGGGGUGGGGGGAGCCAGGAGGGUCCUAGCAGGGGCGUCACCUUUGCUUCCUGCAAUCACCCUUGGCCUUAAAAAGAGAAAAACGAGCUAAGUUUUGCUUUGAGGUUGGCAGAGGAAAACGGCAAAACACUUUUGAGAAAUGUGAGCACAAAGCUCUGUGAAUUAACUUGGCUGCAACAGUUGUAUUAUUAAACUCUUGAAAAUUGCAAAGGGAGCAAGUGCAAAUGCCAGAUUUAUUUUAGGGCGUAAGCUCAGUGCCUUCAGCCAAUGAUGCAUAUGUCUAUCAGAAAAAGCAUCUAUAAUCUUAUUUUAGAUAACAGGAAAAUUUUUGACGCUCAGUCUGCAAUAAGCCAAGUGUGGCAAAUGAACACUGUGGUUCUAGGUUUCAGUACUUUUGUGCACCCAGGUGAAAUGGGAUUUUUACUUUCAUUAAUGUACUUGGGAGUGAAAUAAUAUUGAACACUGUAUGACCAGGGUCCCCAAUGUGGUGCCCGUGGGCACCAUGAGCCCCCUUCAUGCCCACCCAGACCCUUUGCUUCUCUCAAUAUUUUCUUUUUACUUUUUUUAAAAUGGAUUUUUUAUUUAUUUGGUAUUGGGAGAGGUUGCCUGUUUUUUAUUUUCUUUGUUACCUGUGUUUUAAUUGUGAUUCCCCACCCCACUCCAGAUGGUUAUAACUUCUGGAUGCUUUUGCCUGUUGUCGGGGGGGGGAGGGGGGGUUCUGACCAUUGCCAGCCUCUUAUCUGAGAAUUAUUUUAUUUUAUUUUUUUAAGUACACACCACUUGAUUGUUAAAACAACAACCUCAAAGCGGUUUGCAAUAAAGAUAAAACAAUGAACUGAUCAGUAAUAAGAAUUAGCAACAAUAAUUAAACACUUUCAGAAAGUUAGAAAUAGAAUAAGUACAGGUUAAAGCGUUCUAAACUUACUUUAUUAUUUAUUUAUUUAUUUAUUUAUUUAUUUAUUUAUUUCAUAAAAUUAGGGUGCUUUGUGGUGUCCACAACAGUUUCUCAGAUUCCCAGUCAUGGGCUUGGGCCCAUGCUGUGUGAAUUGGGGUUGCAGUGGCUGAUACUCAACAGGGAUUUGUGUCCAACCUCAAGACUAUUGGGGAAAAGCCCAUCCUAAGUCUCUCGCCUGAGCGUCUUGUUUCCCCGCUCUGUAGACUCUUGGCUUCUGACCCUUCACAACUGGGUGAAGACGACCUCCCCGGUGACUUACAGUCCCUGUCCUGGCUGACUUCCGUGGACGUCCCUCGGCUGCAACAAAUGGCCAGCGAAAGGAUGGACUUUGGACUCAGCUCCCAGAAUGCUGUGCUGCAGCAGACAGGUAGGUCUCUUGCGGGGAUGUUGAGUUGCUCCAUCAACUGCUAUGGGAGCCCUUUCAGGGGGUGGGGUGGGGAGUGUUUUCCCCUCCUUAUUUCUACCGCCCUGAAGAUUUAUUCAUUUGUUUUGGCCUCUGUGCGUGCCUCGGGUGCUAAACGGACAUGUGCUGGCCCUUCUCUUGUGCGUGCGAGUGGCGUGGUUUUGUCUGCACACACACUGGAAGACUCACAACGCCCCAUGUCUCUCCCGUUGCCCAGCAGGGUCUAUGCCAGGGAAUCUGCACGCCACUGCAGGGACUCCUGGAGCAAUGAUCCACAUCCAGUCCAGCCUGCCUCAAGGCAUUCUGGGAGGACUGAACGCCGUUUCAUCUCACGGUGCCAACGUAAGCACUUCCUUUCCCUCCCCAUUCCUGGCCAAGGAGGCGUUUCUGACCUGGUUCAACUGACGUUCCUCUUCUCUUUCCUUUGGCAGCAGAUAAGCCAGUAUGUGGUUGGGGGGCAGCUGUCUCCCAGUCUGCAAGCGCAGGCAGCCCCCCUCUUCCCUCCUCUGCCCCGCCAUGUCCAGCAGGUGUUCACCAUCGCUCAACACGCGCAACAGGUACCAUCUCCUGCUCCCGAGGCUGUGUAUGUUGAGGCACAGAGCUUUAAGGGGACGUAAAACAACUUUAACAAAGAAGCGCAGCCAAGUCAAGGGCAAGAGACCCAAGCUGAGCUGCUGUGGGUUUAUUUGCCUUUAUUUGAAAGCAUGGCAGGGGCCACGGUGGGGGGUGGUAGAGGAAGCAGCGUGUGUUUGGAUUCAGAGCAAGAGGCUCAGAUUGCAAUCCAGAGAUUUAAUCCCAAUUUAAUGCAGAGGUAGGGCUCAUCCACACUUUCACUUGACCCGUAUUUUGAUCAUAUUGUGUCCUGAUUAUUUCCCCUGGGUCUGAGGGCAUUUCUCGUCGUUUGGCUGCUGUGCCUUGCGAAAAUUCAGUCUUACCCACUGAACUGAAGCUCGCUCAAGCUCAAUCUCUCUUUGGAUUUCCAGCACAUCUGAUAAAUUCAGAUUCAGUGGGUAAGAUUUGAUUUUCACAAGGCACAGCAGCAGAACAAUGAGAAAAGCCCUCGGACCCAGGAGAGCAAUUUGUACACAAUAUGGUCAAAAUAUGGGUCGAACGAAAGUGGGGUUCAGGCCUUGAUUUUGGAGCAAGAGGCCCAGGUUUAAAUCCAGAGAUUUAAUCUAAAGAUUUGGCUUUGGAGAAGGAGGUCUAGAUUUAAAUCCAAAUAUAAAUCCAGAAUUUUGGCUAUCAUGUCACCUCUCAGUCCAGGCUAACAUGUAAUGUUAUAAGUUAUAUCUGUGUCUUGGUAUCCUCCUCUCCCCACCCCUUAUGAUGAAGGAAAAGGUCUUUAAAGUCUCUAUUUAACUGCUGAGAGAGCUGAAACUUUCCCCCCUUUCUCCCCCCUCCCCUCUUCCCCACCCAGUGCCCUCCAACGACCAUCUACAGCACCUCUUAUGGGACACAGCCUCAAUACUCACAGCCCCCCCGCCUGGCUCCUCACAGCACCCAGGAACAGCAGGCGAAGCCUUACCCCAAGCCUAUCUACUCCUACAGGUGAGAAGUACCACACUUUGCCCAGGCACACCUGCCCGUCUUAUCCCCAGAGAAGUCUCUGCCCCAAACUCAGCAACUGCAGCUGAAGUGAGUUGCUGUUCCGAAGGGCUUCCAGGUGUGGGGCUUAAUUUGGGAAUGAACACACUUAAACCUCAUGUGUCUUUAAUUUGCAUAGUCCCAACAGGCCAGCCUUUAACUGCGCAAGGUUGAAACUGCACCAGUUAAAUUAAUGUAAGGUGCAACUGUACUGUAAUUAGUGACAGAGUUUCUUUUUCCUCUUUCUCUUGUUGGAUUUUCCCCACUAAGGAUCAAUCCAGCUAAAGAAAAACAAACCAACAAACAAGCCCCACAUGCUGAUGCCAGCCGGGUUGUGUGGGUGUUGCAGAACUGCAGCAUCCGCAAACAGCACCGAUCCCACAGUAAACAUCCUCUGUCAUUCUCACUUCGCCAUCAUAAAUGAGAAAAGAACUUUACGCUGUGAAAAAAUUGCAAAACAAUCCUUAACUGGACCUAACAAUCCUUAACUGGACCUAAGUCCUGUAAAUGUAAAUGCAGAAGGGAUGACUUGUGGGAGGGGCUUACUGUGCUCCAGUAACCUGGAGUUACUGAAAUGGGGAGAGAUUACUCCGAGGAACGGUCUGCAAAAAGGGGGGGGGGACACGUUCUGCACCACCAGAACAAGAGUGCUGGGCUAAGGCCUGGGAGGCCAAGGUUCAAGUUUCCCCCCUCAGCCAUGAAGCUCACUGGGUGACCUUGGAGCCACUCGCUGUCUCUCAGUGUAAGCCUCCCUCACUAGGUGGUUGUGAGGUUAAAGUGAAGAGGAGAGAACCAUGUACUCCAACCUUUUUGCUCCUUGCAUUAGAAGGUGGAAUAUAAAUGGAAGCGGCAACAAGAACAGGAAGGCGGGGAGGAAACUCUGACUUCUCCUCUUCCUUGCAGCUGCUUGAUUGCCAUGGCCCUGAAAAACAGCAAGACGGGCAGCCUCCCCGUCAGCGAGAUCUACAGCUUCAUGAAGGAGCACUUCCCCUAUUUCAAGGUGAGGGAGGCAGGGCUUGCCUUGCAGCUGACAUGGAGAACUGCAGAGGCAGAGCAGAGCCAUCCUGGCUGAUAGUCAUUGAAUUUGCCCCAUCCUCUUGUAAAGCAUCCAAGUUGGUCACUAUCACUGCCUCCUGUGGGAGGGAGUUCCACAGUCUAACUGUCUCCAUGAUAAAGUCCUUUAUUUGAUCUGUCUUCAGUCUCCCAGUAUUUAACUUCAUAGGGUGUCCAUGAAUUCUAGUCCUAUGAGAGGGGGAGAAAACUUUUUCUCUGUCAGCUUUCUCAACACCAUGCAUAAUUUUAUAAACUUCUAUCAUUCUUACUCACCUUUUCUCUAAACUAAAAGGUCCUUGCUGCAACCUUUGUUCACGUAGGACCCAUUUGGGUCCCAUAGCAAUGAUGUUGCCUCAUGGAAGUGCUCGCUGGUGCUUUGCCUUUGAAGGGCACAAUCCCACCCCUGGACACAGGGCUUUUUUUCUUCUUAAAUGACCUGAGGAAGUGGCCUUGCUCCCUUUUGCAGACAGCGCCCGAUGGGUGGAAGAACUCUGUCCGCCACAACCUGUCCCUCAACAAAUGCUUUGAGAAGGUGGAGAAUAAGAUGAGUGGCACGUCCCGCAAAGGCUGCCUGUGGGCCCUCAACCCCGCCAAGAUAGACAAGAUGGAAGAGGAGAUGCAGAAGUGGAAGAGGAAAGACCUGGCAGCCAUUCUCCGGAGCAUGGCCAACCCAGGUGAGCAGCAGGCCGGCACCUGGCUAGGAGGCUCUUGGGGGCCCUGCCUGCCAAUAGUUCUCUGGCAGAGAGAAAUGGCAAAAUCACCGGAUGUGGCUGCCGCACCCCUGCAGGGGAGGAGAUGCGCGGAGGGUGAUGCCCAUGGGCAUGGAGGCUGCUCCCUCCACACAGAUAGCAGCUCGUUUAGCUGGUCUCUUAAUUUUUUUAAAGCUUAUGUCUGCUUUUCCUCCCAGGCACUUGAGGCCAUGCACAGGGCUCCCAAUUUUAUGCUAUGUUGGUAUCUAUUUAUAUGCUGCCUUUCAGCGCUUUAAGUGUAUUGCGUGAAUGUGGCCUUAGUGCUGUGAAAGGAUAUAAUUUCUAUAUUUUCUUGAGCUGUGGGCCCCUUCUGAGGGACUUUACUCCCCACGCAUCAAUGGCAAUCUCCCCUUGCAGAGGAGCUGGACAAGCUCAUCACAGACCGACCCGAGAGCUGCAGGCGGGUGAGCAAGCAGUCUGAGGGGGACGGUUCCACGCGGAGCCACAUGGCGGCAGCCGCAGGGCGCAUCUCACAGUUGCAGCCCCAGCCGGUCAUGACACUCGCCCUGCAGUCCCUCCCGCUGCACCACCAGAUCCAGACGCAAGCGUGCAUGACUCCAGAUUCGCCUGCUCCUGCGCAGACCCCUCCCUUGCACCCGCUGCACGGUCUUAGCCAGAGUCCCCUUCCUCAGCAUCCGAUGAGCCGUGCCCCAGAUUUCCUCAGCGUGAUGACCGACAUGAACGCAGAGGUGGAUGCCCUGGAUCCCAGCAUCAUGGACUUUGCACUACAAGGUAAGGGGAAGAGUUGGGGGGUGGAGAUGACUGCUGGAUGGCAGGGAUUCUCCAGCUGUGAUUCCUGCCUUGCAGAGGGUUGGACUAGUUGAGCCUUGGGGUCCCUUCCAACUCUAUCGUUCUCUAAUGUGGGAUUUGAACUCAGCUGUGGAGGGGUUGAUACUGGUCCAAGUGGGGAUCUAGAUAGGUCCUCAUGAGGUUUGAGAUGGGGAUCGCUCAUGGGCUUCCUUAGGACCGCUGGCUGGUUUCAUCACGGAGGAAGAUGGGCCUCUUCUCACUAGAGCCAAUGUGAUUGUGGACAACUGGUGCAUUUUGCAAUCCUCCUCUCUUGCAACUUCCACCUUCUCAAAGCUGAACUGUCACCAAUGUUCACUGCUCUGUUGUUGUCCCUAUUAUGAAAAGGUAACAUCUGGGAAGAGAUGAAAGACGAGAGCUUCAACUUGGAGAGCCUGGGUGCUUUCAGCAACUCUUCUCUGGCCCUCUCUGACUGCGACCUGGCCCCCGCUGGCCUCACCCCUGCCUCCAGCAACAACACUGACCACCCCUCCUUUUCAGACUUGCAAGUGACAGGCCUCUACACAACAUACACAACGCUGGACCCCAUCUCUGCCACUCAGUACAUCAGCACCCAAGGAAACAAGCCUAUCGCCCUUCUCUGAAAGAGCCAUUCCCGUCCCUUGAGCCUGACUGAGAAACAGAGAAGCCCAGUUCCUUCUGGGGGUGCUUUGAGCCUGCAAAAUUAUCUAAAUUGGGGAGGAGAACAUGCCUUGCUGCUCCUUCAAGCAUCCCAAGCAAGAGAUUUUGGUGAGAUGCAUAGUCUUGAAGACACUAACUGAUGUGAAGGGAUCCUGGUGUGCUCCAAGGCAAGCUGCAAAAUUUCAGCAAAGCCCCCCCCCCCCAACCCGCUGAUGCUUGGGCUGUUCUGAAGCCCAUUAGGGUUGCUCUGUCAUUUGUGACAGUCCAAGCCGCAACUGGCUGAGCUUUCUAUCACUAGUUGCAACUGUGUGCCCCCAGCUCCACUCUGGGGCCUGCUGGUGGUUCUUCCCCAGACCUUCUUCCCCAGUUCCCAGAGGCUUCACUUCCAUUAGUGAUCCCCCUGCCUCUUGACCAGCCUCUUUUCUCUUCAGGCAAAAGGGGGUGAAUCUCCCCUCCCCUCUGUCCAUCUCAAGCCACACCAUAUGUCAGGAGUGCUCUGAUGGUGUUUCCUGCUUGGCAGGGGAUUGGACUCGAUGGCCCUUGUGGUCUCUUCCAACUCUAUGAUUCUAUGAUUCUAUUCUAUGAUCCAGCUACUCUCCCUCCCUGCAGGCUCCUAUUUCUCGCUUUGGACCCUUCCUUUGGCUCUCCCUUCCCUUCCCUCCAGCAUCCACCCUCUGCCCAGUCUUCAGCCAUCCCUUCUGGGAAGCCCCUGAGCAGCUGCCAGAUGGUCUCAGUCUAGUCCAGGCCAUGGGCAGCAGAGUCUUCCGAGGUGCCAGGAAGGCUCUGCCUCUCGAGGGAGGAGGAUGGCUCGUGUUCCCUGGUAGAGAAAGUCUCAGCUCAGCCCUCACCAAUCUGUGCCCUCCAGCCUCGGCCCCACCUGCACAUCUGUGUGAGCCAGGAUGGAUGGGACCCAUGGCCAAAAACAGCUGGGGAGCGUCGGCUUGACAAAGGCUGUACUAAAUAAGGAUCUUUACACUGGAUAAAACAUUACCUUAGGCUUUUAAAACAAAGGAGAAAUAAUUUAGGAUUUAUAUUCUAGACUUGUGUAUAGUAUUUCCUAAUUAUUGUACUAGGCAGUAUUACUGUUGUAAAUUUUAUUUAUAAUUUAUUUUUAUGAAAACAAAAAGGAAUUAUGUAUUCAGCAUCAAUUUUUUUUUAAAUGUUGUAGUGACAGGAAAACAAAACACAAACCUUAAAUUAUUCAGAAGCACAGCAAAAUACUGCAAAACUUUUAUGUCAGGUGCUUUCCCUUUUUUUACCUGAACUUUAAAAGAAGUACUUUAGAUACUUAAGAGAUAAAAUGGCACAUGGGCCAGACCCAAUACUGUUUUUUAUGUUUAACCAAUAGCGCUUUUCUACAGCUGAAAAAGGACUGUGGCUCUUUUUUUGCAAUUCAUUCCUGUGGAUCUUUUCUUUGAAGUGCACCCCACCCUCUUCAGUGGGGCUUACUCUCCCAGAUGAGUGUUUCCAGGGCUGCAGCAUUAGGUCACAAGGUAAAUAAAUGAAUAGGUCCACCAACAGGAGGAGGAAAAACUGGAAACUGGUUUUAAAAUUUGAAAACUUACAAUUUAACGUUUAGUCUGCUGAUGCCAGUAUAACCUUGAUGUAAUAUUUAUAUUUAUAAUAAUGUUUUACUAAACACUGGUUGGAUAGAAUUUUUAUAAAGUCUUUUUCAGAUCUGGAACAAAAUAUUUGCUCUUCUUUAUAGACUGUGGAAAUAUUGAAUGGGAAAGUUCCUUUCUCUUGGGCUUGUUUACACAACCACAAGUCUGAGAACGUUGAUCAAGGCAGGUGUCAGGGUAGCAGCCCUGCAGAAAGAGAUGGCCAGGAGAGUUGAGCCCCAUCAUACGCCUGGGCUGCCACUGGAGCUCUCUUUUGCCAGAAGUAAUGCAAAUCUGCUAUUGUUUACAGCGAGGGGGGGGCAAUAUUUUUGGUUCAGCAGGCCAGACGCUUAUCUCCCCCCACCCCCAGGGGCCAACUGUGACAGGCAGGUGAGACCACACACGUCAAUUUUCUGGCGUCAUAAUGACAUCAGGUGACUGCAAAGCAACCCUGAGGAGAACUGAACUCCCUUGUCAUCAGCUGAUGAGCAGACAGCUCAGUCCUCCUCUCUGCAGGAGUCAGAGCAGGAUUUGACCCCCUGCUCAGUCUUACUGUGUUGAAAUCACAUGCCAAUAAAGAAUUGAACCCUACCGCUGUCCAUCAGCUGAUGAAAAGCUGGGUGUAGUUUUGGAAGAAUCAGUCGCCCGUGGGCUGGAGGUUCCUCACACUGUUUUGCAUGGCGAGUCUGUUGUUUUCAGGGCAGCAGAAGUGAUGUUCUGGACUGGGUUGGUUUUUCAGCUUGGGAUAACUCAAGCAUAUGGAUAUUUUUACUCAGAUGUAAAUCCUCACCAAGUCCAGAAUCAUAUAAAACAAAAGCAGGAGUUGCUAUUAAUUCUCAGGUUCCUGGGUGUCUUUUUGGUCAAGCCUUCAUAUGACGCAGCAGACCCAGGGCUCGCCCACAUGUCCACUUGUCCCAGCGCUUCCCCCAGGGAAACCUGCUCUUUAGUGUUGAAUGGGAGCAAACGUCUACCUGUGGAAAACCCAACAAACGUUUGCUCCCAUUCAGCAGUAAAGAGCAAGUUUCCCCGGCGGAAGUGUGGCUGAGCCUACCGGCUGCCUAUCAGCAACCUCUUUCACAGAAAGGUCCCACAAAUGUCUUCACUAGUGAAAAAGGACAGCAUGGCAUCAAUAGCAAUCCUGCAGCCCCUGCCCAAACACAUGCAAUCUUAGAAAGGUUUGGGAAUGUAAGUUAACCUAAAACCAAUGGAUCCAAAUUACAAAAAAAUAAAAAGAGAUUCUCAUUAAGCAUUAGGAAGAACUUUCUCAAAAGGUGGUAGACUCUUUCUAAACAGUGGUUGGGGGGCCAUCUGCGGGGUGCUUUAGCUGUUACUCCUGCACUGCAGGGGGCUGGACUAGAGGACCCUUGGGAUCCCGUCCAACUCUGUGAUUCUAUGGUUCUAUGAAAACCAGAAAAGUGACCACUAACAGAAUUUUUAUUAAGGAAACCUCCCUUGGAAAAUGUAAUGUCAGUUCUGCUUACAUGACAUGACUUGCCAUCCAAUAAUUUACUACUGUUGGCCUUAUGAUUUUUUUAAAAAAAUUCACAAUAAAGGAUUAAUGCUAGAGGCAGUAAUGGAAGAGACUAUGUCCAAAAAUAAAUCAAGAUUGCAAUUCAGAACAAGAGCAAUAGAGAGGAAAUAGCUUUAUGGCCAAAAACAAAUCUAGUUGAAAAUGCUCAGAGAAUUAAAAAGACCUAUUUUGUGAGUCUCUGACAUGGUAACAGACAAAAUGCAUGUGGCAUCUGUAAAUAAAAUCCAGAGAGGAUCAUUUCUAGUAAACAUUGAUGUUUUUAUUAGACGCUUGAACAGUAGAGGACCCCCCCCCCAUGACAAUGUGCACAUAAAUUAAUAUAUUUGCUAGGAGAAAGAGCAACUUUUUUGAACUUGGUGCUUCCUUCCUUGAAGGAGGAAACCAGAACUCUCUUUUUCUUUUAGAAAAAACUCCCACCUGUUACUGAACUCAACACAACAUGUUCCUCAACACCCACCUGGGCUUGAAUAGUCCAUGGCAGCCUGGUUUGGACACUGGAACGUUAGUGCGACUGUCAGGAUAUGCAACACUCAACAGUGGAUAGGAUUAGCAACAUAAACUUCCCUUCGGUUGCCACCUUUGCCCUUUACACACUUAUAUAAGUUUUCUUGGGGGGGGGGCUUACAAUGCUCAACAUUAUGCAGAUUACAAUACAUUCCACCUGCCAGGUGCUUACACCUUUGAAAUGCACUGUGAAUUCCCAGGUUGCAGCCUAUUCCAACAACCUACCCAGUGCCUCCAACGGCCAUGGCGUCCGCUUAAUCCCAUUAGGCCAACCUUUGAUGGAACCACUAGGUUGGCGAUGGGGGCACAGCCUUAGGCACCGCCAGGAAAUGCGCAAAUGUUUCCAACCAAAGGUGGAGAUGCUGCUUUGCUUUUGAGGUGGGCAGACCUUGGCAGAAUUGCCUUGCGCUCGAGGGAUGCAGUUGGGAAGGAUGAUGGAGGGAGAUGGAAUAAUCCCUUUCAUUAGGAAAAUUGACAAAACUUCCUACAGCAGGCAAAUGGGGCUAAAAAUGUCAUCUACAACCAAGAAGCAGCAACAUUUUUUGUAGGAAUUUCUGCAAUGUGUUCUGUGGUGCAGCGUGGCUGCAGUGCAGUCUGUGUGACACAACAUUUUGCCAAGGCCUUGGAGACUGGUUUGGAAGUGGUUACUGGCAUUGUUCCCCAAUGCACAAUUCUAUCACAGAGAUUUUUUUUUUUUAAAGUCACUGAAAACUGGUACUGUUAUUUUAUAAAGACAAUACAUUUUGAUGUGAAAACACCUGGCGAGACUUGUCUUGGACACCAGUAGCUGGGUAACAUACACUUGCAGAUGACCUUCGGUUGAUAGCCAGCCAAACAGCUGGGGAUAAUUUUGUCCUCAGGUGCACGAGAGACAGCUGUCCUCCAAAGGCCCGUUCCACUGCGCCUGCCACGUGGCUGUGCUCUAGGAACUGCUGGUUGAGCCCUGCGCUGAAGAUGCAUUCUGUGCUGCGCCGCUUGGCCACGAGGCUGUCAGGUCUGAAGGAGGCCGAUGGUGGGCGUGUGCCUGUUCCUGCUGCAGCAAUGCCCUAGUCACGAGGAGGAAGGGUUGUCCAUUGUUGCCAGGAGGUGAGAGAUCUGGGCCCUCUGAGCACGAGUGAUGUGUUGGGUCAUGUGAAUGAUGCAGUCCAUGGCAACUUCAGGGUUUGCUUGAACUAAGCUGCAAAGGGGCGUGUUAUGAGGGAGAAGGAAGGGGGUCAUUUAAGAAUGCAGGCUGCUGAAUCAGGCCCAUGGGAGGCCACCCAGCCCAGCAUCCUGCUCUCACAGCGGCUGGCCAGAUGCCCAUUAAGGGAAACCCACAAGCGGGACCCAAGCACAAGAGUACUCCCCCCCCCCUCGUGGCUUCUAGCCACUGGCAUUCAGAAGCCCCAUGCUGCACUUUCAACUUGCAAUGGCGAUUGCAGUGUGAAUCAGGCACCAAGCACUGGACGGUCAUCCCUCCAGAUCCCUGCUAUGCAACUCUUUCCAACCCAGAAAUAGCCGAGAUGCAGCCCCUGCAGCAAACAAGCUGAGCUUCCUCAAGCAGCCCCCCUGCUGUCUCGCUUUACACUCACUUUCGGAUGUGCUUGAGGGCAUAAUCCCUCUUCAGGUACUUGAUGUUCUCCUGGAUGGCAGACUUGGCCCCGUCUUCCUCUUGCAGGUGCUUCUCAAGCCAUUCCACCACCACUUGGUUGUUGUCCCAGAGGUAGCCCUAGAGGAGGAGGAAUGGAAACUCAGACUGACUUUGAAGAGAGGUCAGAGUGGGGUAUGGGUCCUUCACGCAGUAUGCACCCCUCACCCUCACUUCCAACCAAGCAGGCCUUGAAGGUUUUUGAAAAUCACACAAAAGCUUGCCAAACCCAUUUAACCAGAGGUGAGAAUAGGAUGAAAUGCACAGGCUUUAAGCCCCCUUCUCUCUGUAAACUUGCCUUCCACUCUGAAAACGCCACAAUUUUACCCAUGCUUUGUAUUAUUAAGGCGUCUUAUAUCUACAGGUAGAUUGCACACAGGGGUUUGGCUGCAAGGGCUCCAUGGACACAUACAAACGGUGUAUCUCCAAACCCUUGGAGGCGCUGUGCGGCCAGCAGCUGAGGUGGAAAGAGGGAGAACACCCUGCACCCCCAGAGUACGCUGGCUUGGGCUGGAGUCCAACCUCUGUGGAGGGAACAGAGGCUACCCCAUCCUUGCAACAGAGCCAAGCCAAGCACCUUCACGGCACCCUCCGUUUCCAGGAACCAUCGUCGCAGCAUGGACUGGAUGUGGCUGUUGCUUAACUCGCUGUGAGCCUCUAGGAUCUCUGCCUUCACGACUUCCUCCAGCAGGAGGCGCCGCAAACGCCAGUAGAAGAACGCCCGGGCAUUUUUCCACUGGAGAAUGUCCUAAAAGGGAGCAAAUAAGGUCAUUGCUAGUUAAUUUUUUUAUGGGAAUAUUAAUAAAUUAUUGCACUGGCCGGAGGAAGCUUAUCAGGAUAUUCACAUUAUCCAGUGUUGUAGACAUACUUAACCCCCCUUAGGCAGCCUGAAUGAUGCUCUCCAUCAACUCUGCUGUGACAAGACAGGAGGUCUUAGCAAGUCUGGGGCCAACAAUGAGAGUGGGAGGCAAACACAUCUGGGGGGCAGCAGGUUGGGCAAGUAUGACUCAGAAGCUGAGCAGGUUCAUGAGCCCACAAGCGUAUGGUUAUAUUUUCAUUCCACGCUUUCUCCAAGACACUCUGCCCAGCAGACAAAGACCCUUCCCUGCAUUUUAUCUUCAUGACAACCCUGUGAGAGAGGUUAGCGUGAGAUGGAGCACAAAGGAGAUGCAGCAAGCAUUAGUGGAACAAGGAUUCCAGUCCUUGUUUUUCCAACUUGAAUGAAAUGAAAAACAGUUCCUACACCUUCUCAGGCAUGAGGGAUGAUCAGACUCCAGAGGCUGGAAGAACAGAGAAUUUGGGAGCGAGAAGAAAAAAACCCAUGGCUUAACUGUAACGACUCCUUUCUCCUGCAUCCUCCCUGGCGUGUCGUGGAGGUCAGCAAACUGCACUGCCACCUGGUGGAAGAUGGGGAGGAGGUAAUCCUCACGGGCCUUCAGCUGCUUCUCCAGCUCCUUGUGCUUCUCUGCAGAGAGCCUCAGGGAACCUGUUAAUCAAAGAAUACAAGAAGUCUUUGUAGGAGAAGACAAAAUCUGUAGACACCAGAAAAAGCGGCUGAUCCGUAGCAGGGAGGAAAAUGCCAGGGAGGAAGAAGUCUGUGCAGGGAAGGACUAUAGAGUUCAGUGGUCAGGGCAUCUGCCUUGCAAGCAGAAGGUCCCAGGCGCUAUCUCCCCUGGGGUGUCCGGGGGAGUCUUGGAAAGGACUCCCUGCCUGAAACCCCAAAGAACUGGUGUGGAUAAUGCCGAGCUCGAGAGACCGCUAGUCGGACUCUGCAGAAAGCAGCUUCCUCUCUUCUGACUUCCAGGUUCACCAGAGGAGCCUUUGCCAACCUGGUGCCCUCCAGAUGUUUGGGACGGCAUCUUCCUUCAAGCCCAGCCAGCAGGGCCAUGGUUCUGUCAUCCUGCAGCUGUGCUGGAUGGGGCCGAUGGAGGGCGCCAUGGUGGCGCAGUCUGCUCUAGCAAAACAUGCCAAAAAGAGCACAUCAAGAAUAUUUGCUCUCCCCCACCUCCCCACCCUGGAUCAAAUACGGCCUUUGAAAAUGGGUAGAAACCUUAUUCCAAGGCCAAGCUUUAAGGGGAAGGUGGGGGGGGUAGGGAGGCAGGAAACAGCCCCACAGCCCUUCUCUCUUUUCUUACCCAGCUGCUCAGCAAUCCUGGCAUACGUGGCAUCAAUCCUCCUCAUGGUCUUCAGCAGCUCCUUCCUCCGGAAUUUGAUUUCCACGGUGCCUUCAGCUUCUAAGAUGCCCCCCCUGGAAAGCAAAGCCAUCUUGCAGAAACAGAGACCAGAGGCUUAUAGGAGCUGCCCAAAUUAGGGCUCUUGCACUCUUUCCAGCCAGACAGCCUUGCGGCUUUUAAGUACACGCUGGUGGAGAUGUUCAGCCAGGCUCCAUGGACAGGAUCACUUUGGAUCAGAGACUGGGCCCUUUGGGGGGGGGGCUCCAGAUGUUAAGAACAUAAGAACCCAAGAAGAGUCUGCUGGUUCAGGCCAAAGACAGCUCGUCCAAUCCAGCAUGCUGUUCUCACAGGGGCCAACCAGAUGCCCAAUACGGGAAACCCGCAAGCAGGAUCGGAGCACAAGAGCAACCCUCCCCUCUUGCAGUUUCCAGCAAUUGGCAUUCAGAAGCAUGGCUGCAUCACACAGCACAUAAUUAGACUAUGGAACUCCCUGCCACAGGAGGCAGUGAUGGCCACCAACUUGGAUGGCUUUAAAAGAGGGCUGGACAAAUUCACAGAGGAGAGGGCUGUCAGUGGCUACUUGCCACGAUGGCUAUUAUAUGCCUCCAUGGCUGGAAGAAGCUUCUGAAUGCCAGUUUCUUGAAGCUGUCCUGGGGGAGAGGGCUCUUUCACUCGGGGCCUCUGGUUGGCCCCUGUGAGAACAGGAUGCUGGCCUGGAUGGGCCCUUGGCCUGAUCCAGCAGCAGGGCUCUUCUGAUGUUCUGACGACAAGACUGUCUAACGGAAGAGCGCCUCCCUCAGCACCCACCUGCUCUCUUUGUCUGCAUACAGCUCCAUGUGAAGAGGAUUGAUAGUUGGAUCAAUCACCACCCAGGAGCCCCCGCGGAGCUCGGCAUGGGGGGGGAUGUAGACGAGGGCCGGCUGCUUGAAUUGCCGAAGGCUGUCCACAAUAUACGCCCCGAACUUCAGCACCUGAUCAUACAUGUCUGCAAGGAGGGCAGGAGUCAAGGCCAGCUCCAGGGCCGAGUGAGCAAGUAACAUCACUGGGUGAUUUUUUAAAAUUAAACUUAUUUGCCACUCUUUUAAGCAAAGUAACUUGAAACGAUUGACAACAAUAAUUAAAGAACAUUUACAUUAAAACCAGCAUAAAACAAGGCAGAGAAAUCUAAAACACGUGGCUAUUUUAAAAGGCAGGAUUAAAAGAUCCCACCCACUAAACGAGGCCAUGGGUGAUUAACAGCCAAAGGCUUGGCAGAAAAGAAAUGUUUCUGCCUGGUGCCUAAAGGUAUAUAAUGAAGGUGCCAAGGAAGCCUCCCUGGGAAGAGCAUUUCACAAGCGGGGGGACACCACUGAAAAGGCCCCGUUCUCAGGUUGCUGCCUUCCUGUCCUCCUAUGGAGGUGGCACAUGAAGAAGGGCCUCAGGUGACCAUGGUCAGCUCAUACAAGGAGAGGUGCGUAAGUUACCUUUCAUCCCACCAGAGAAUCCUCUCCAGUUGGCAAAAAUCAAAAGUGGAAGGCGUUCACGGUCAAAGUCUCUGAUAGCCUGGGCUGUUUUAAAGGCUGAAUCCGGAAACCAAACCUGUCCAGCUUGUUGGAUUAUCUAGGAAGGAGGGAACAGAAGAGGUUGUGUGUAGGGGGGGGGCCCUUCAAAACCAAAAACUUAGUAAAAAGGAAAGCAGGUAAAAAUUUCAGAUCCUGGUGACAGCAGCCAGGAGGUUGAGGGGCCAGGGGCUAUUGGGAGGUUACCAAAAGUUUGUUGUUGUUGUUUUGCCAUUUUCAAACGAACAUUCAGGCCAAAGCUCCGCCCCCCCCCCGACACAGUGCCCAUGUUUCAAGGGAUGUGUCACAGCAGAAGAGGAGCCAUGUGGUCUGCGGACGUUUUACACAAGGAAUGUAGAGGUCACCAAAACAACAAGGCAGCUUGAGAAGAACAAUACAGGUUCAUGGAAAAGUUAAAAUCAGCAAUGGUACAGGAAUGCAAAUGACUCUAGUGCUCCCAACCUUCGCUUCUGAUUCUGGGUUUGCUGGAUCAGCUGGCACCGCCAACUCCACUGUUCGGGUCUCCACUGCGAUCACACCCACCGGGAUCCCUCCCAGCCUGCAAAGAAUCCGAAGGAGGGAAAAGAGCUUCAUGUGGACUCCAUGCAAAACAAAUGAAAAACUAUUUAAAGACUCCAAGAGCAUUUCAAUGAUCAUAAGGACUAGGAAUCCUAUUUAUGCAAAAGGCAGAAAGCAGAGAUUUUCAUUCUGACGAAUUCUGCACCAGGCAUUAAAUGGCCUGGGUGCCGUGAGAAGGGCAGGAGUGUAGCCCACCCCAGUAACUGAUCAGGCAGCCAUUGGGGGGCACCUUUAAGAAUGUGCCAGCCCCCUCCUCUCCCCAACUGCCUCUAGUAAGAGGGAAGAUUCGGCCAAUACCUGGCUCUGCCAACCACCACCGUCUGGGCCCAGGGCUGCAUUAUCUCCAUGAAAGAGCCGUGGUCAAAGAAGCCGCUUUGCCAGGAUCCCUUCACAGCUGCACAAUAAAGGAACGGGGGAUGCUGAGAAAAGUCUGACUGUGACCUUCCAAAACCACAACCUCUUCAUAUAUGCAAAGCUGGGGAAAUGUCGUAGCAGCAGGGAACGAGGGAGAAGACCCCUGGUAAAUGCAGUCCCAGGCUCAAAGAGCCUCGACUGCCACAGUGAGCUGCAGUUAGUGCAGCAGAAUGCUGCAGCCUGAUAGCUGACAGGCUCAGCCACUUACAACACCUUAUGCUCCCAGAUCUGCACCAGCCAUUGAUUUGCUGCCAUGUGUUACUAUUACUACUAUUAGUACAUAGAGCCCUUAACAACUUGGGACCAGUGUAACCUGCGAGGAGAAGGCAGGCAACAGGUCUCUGGCAGAUUGCUUAUGCAGGUCACCUCCAUUUUCAGCUUUUUUUUUCCUUUUUAAAAAACUUUCACAGUGGAGUUUAUGAUCUUUUGCUUUCCCUUGCAUUUUUACUCCACAUAUUUGAUCCACAUCUUAUAAUUAUGCAAUUCACAAUGCUUUUGGUUUUAUACUGUAUUUUGGGCUGUCAGAUCCUGAGAGCCCAGGGCCCAAUCCUGAGACCUUGGGGCAGCCUCUGGUGAUAUCAUUGGGGGCUGGAGCCCAGGGGUGCCCUUAGGCAUGACACAUUAAGCAUUAACCAUAGUCGCCAAGAGCAUGUCGUCCAAAUAAAAAACAUGAAGUCUACAAAUGAACAAAUACGUCACUGGAUGGAAAUUCCUCCCCACACAGAGUGUUCAUGCAGCUUUUUGCUUGUCCUGCCAUUUCCCCCUGGGAAGAACUUCAGUCUUUACAGCUGAAACAGAGCAAAUAUCAGUGGGGUUUUCCAUGGACUGACAUUUGCUCUGACUCAGUCGCGAAGGGAAGGUUUGCCUGGGGUAAGCAGCAGGUCAAAUGGAAAACCGCUCAGACCCGUUUUUUUUUAGGCAGGGGACAAGCAGAACCAUUGAUGAGCCUUGAGCCUUGGAGAUGGAGGUUAGUUGGGAGAGGGGAAGGGGACAGAUCUUCCAGAGAGUCUAUGCAAUAACCUGCAACCAGCUCCUGCCAGGCUGAAGCUCGUAAGCUUCAAGCAUAGCCUAUUAUUAUUAGUAAUGACAACAACAACAAUGGCAACCUCCCUCUGUCACUUGGAGAGGGCCACACAAACCUAGAGACUUCAGGUCAGCCCUGGAAGUCUGGCAAACAAAUUGUAGAUUUGCCUUGAUGACACUGACCAGGAGGAAAUGUCAAUGAAGAAAAUUCCAGGUCAGAAACAAUUCCCCUGCUAUUACAUUGCAACCCCUCCCCUUUCAGUUCCAUACCUCCAAAAGCAUUGCAGAAUUCUUGCAGCUGGGUUAGUGCCUGUACUUACUGGGAUGAGGUCUCCCUGCCAGCAUCCACCGGGGAUCAUAAGGGGCUUUGGAAGGGACAAAGUCAAUUUCUCUGUCAAUGGGGUCACUUGUGGUGGUGAUAGGCAAAGGGCUACGAUUGUCCUACAAGAAGAAACUUCUCUUAAACGAGCUUUAAACAAAACGAGAGCCCUGAGAAGAUGAUCAAGAAAGGAAGAAAUUAGGGCUGCUUAGCUCUGAGAAUGUGAACAGCAUCUUAUAGAAUCAAAGCCUCAUAAAAUUGUCAGAAGGGACCCUCUUUCUCCCUCAAAGGGGAUGGCAAAGGGGGCCUGCCAUCCAUGCCCACGGAGAGGGUGGUCAGCAAUAUCCCAUUGCCCCAGUGAAUGCCCUUCCUGGAAUCAUAGGGUCGCAUCCUCAACCCGUCAAUUAAACCUACAUAAAUCUGCCCUCCUAUUUAUGUGAGAAGCAGGACAGAGAAUUCUAAGAUGGUGGCCAUCAACUACAGUCAUACCUCCGAAGUCGAACGGAAUCCAUUCUGGAAGUCCAUUCGACUUCCAAAACGUUUGGAAAUCAAACCUGCAGCCAACCGGAAUCCGCGGAACCCACCUCAGACAUUCGGGUUCCAAAGAAUGUUCGCAAACCAGAAUCCUCAUUUCCGGGUUUGUGGCAUUCAGGAGCCAAAAUGUUUGACUCACAAGGUGUUUGAUUUCUGAGGUAUGACUGUACUGGAUUUUUAUUUAUUUAUUGGUAAUUCCCUUAAAAAAAAAAAUUUAAAUCAUUAUUUUUUAAUUUUACGUCUGCUGCCCAGUUAAGAUAGGGGGAAACUUUUUCAGUCAAUUAAGAUACUUUAUUGUAAGAAUUUAUUUAUGGAUAGGUUUUGUUUUCACAAGGAAAAAAACAAGAACAUGACAAUAAUAAAUAAAUAAAUAAAUAAAUAAAUAAAUAAAUGAAACAAACAUUGCACCCCUGGUGUUUAUCACCCCUAUUAGGAUAAAUGAUAAUUAUGAGGCGGGAUGACUAGAGAGGAAUUGUGAGGAUUGUCAAAGCUCUGUUGCCCUCAACCUACCUUUGGCAUAAAUGUAAGCCACUGCAGAAUAGUGUAGACGCCUUCAAAAUCGUCUGGAACUGUUACGUGGGAAACGCCAUUAUUGUGCAUGAUCUGCACCCCUCCAAGCUGGUUGUUUGAAGUGUACACUUCACGGCCCAAGACCUGGUCCAAAAACACAACCCCAAUCCAAGAAGAACAUAAGAAGAACCCUACCGGAUCAGGCCAAUGGCGACCCAUUGGCCCCAGCCUCCUGCUCACGGGGGCCAACCAGAUACCUGUGGGAAGCCAGCAAGCAGGACCUGAGCUGUCCCUCCCCGCCUGCCCCACUGGCCAGCAACUGGCUUCCUCCAGGGGAAGCAGCAGGACAACAGGGAGUGUGGAGAAGCCCCGUGUGUCAUGAGAGGGAGAGAAUGACUUUUCUCUCUUCACUUUCCCCAGGCCAGGCAUAUUUCUGUAAACUUCCAUUGUGUCGCCUCUCACUCGCCAUCUCUCUAAACUAAAAGGUCCCAAAUGCUGCAACACGUGUAGGACUGUGAUGCAAAUCACUUAGGGAGAUGCAGUGACUUUCUUUUUACAUCCCCAAAAUAUUUCAUGGGCAGAGAGAGAAAUUGUUCCGUCGUUUCCCACACCGCAGCUGCAUGCAGCUGAGAUGGUCUGGGAGCGGGUGGCUCCUUGGCCGAGAGGCAGACAUGGCAAAAUGAGAGCCAUCCAGCUGAGAAGAUGAAGAGAGCUCCAGGGAGCUCUUUAGUGCUGCAUGAGAGCAAGCAAAAGGAAAUGGAGUGCCAAGAAGGAUCUGCGCAAUGGAACAUGGAGGAAGCUUAGGGAACGCCGCCUGCUCACUACCUUAUUCAGAGCUCCAGCUCCGGUCAGAAUGAUGUGGGAAUUGUCCACCUGGAUCACCCGCUGGCCCAGCCUCACCAGGUAAGCCCCGAUUCCGAUGGCACGGCAGGUCACCUGCAGGAGACAGAAAGAGCCCAGGGCUGCUUUGAGUCCCAGUCUGGGGGAAAGCAGGAUAUACAUACAUACAUACAUACGCACAUACAUACAUACCAUGCUGAUGGUGACAAUUUCAUCAUAGGCAAGAGAAGACUCCCCAGCGAUGGUGCCCGACGCUCUUAAGUUCUCCACGCCAAAGCCUUCUUCUUUGCCAAUGAUAUCGGUGAUGAUGUACCUGCAGGAGGCCAAGGUGGCUGAAAGAUGGAGCCAGGCAGGGCAGAACACCAAGAGUUCCUCCUCCCAGGAACGAGGGAAGCUGCCUGACAGUGAGGCAAAGCACUGGUCCAUCUAGCCUGGCACUUGGCUGCCUUUCCAUGACUAGUAGAGGCUCUCUGGGAUUGUAGACACGGUUGUUGUUUCCCUCUGUCUCACCUGGAAAUACCCUUGGGGGUUGAACACGGGACCUUCUGCAGGCAAGCCAAGACAGGGGGACACCAUUGACUCACCUCGAUUCGCCGGCUUCCUCCACGUGCUCACAGUGAACAGAGUUUGUGGAGCUGAUCCUGGUGUACUCCUGCGGGGUCAGGUACAGAUACUUGAAGCCCUUUGGAAAAAGAUGGUGGAGCAACAUCAGUUGGGGAAACUGGGGGCACCACUUUGAAAUCAGUGCGACAGAUGAGCCGGAGCACAAACCAGGUGAAAAAUGAGGCCACUGUGCUAGAUGCCCUUACAGAAAGCAAAGCACCAGUUGAGAGCAGAUAACUAUUUGCCCCGUAAUGCUUUGGAAGACCUCCCUGAAAACUUGCAAGGGGGGAGGGGAGCUUUUGAAAUGGACUGAAGUGCCAAGAAGUUCUUGCACCCCACUCCACUUCAGCACAACCUUAGACUUGAAACUGGCAGGGUUUUUAUUUGAAAUCAUGAGAUUUUAAAUUAUGCAUUAGGAAGGAAAUUUAUUAUGGCAUAAGCUUUUCUUUUCUUUUUUGCAGACUUGAACCCACAGUGUCAGCUGAACAUCCAAUGAAGUGGAUGCCAUGAUAAAUCUGUUAGGCUUUAAGGUGCCUUUCUUGCAAGAGACUAACAUGGUUGCCCCUCUGGAAGUCUCAUGGAUUAAGGGCAUGAUCCUGGGGAGGCUGUUGCAGUGCCUGAGGCAGAACAUAUUGAGGCUCAAAGCGAUCAAUGCCCUCCUCUUCCUCCUCCUCCUCUUCCUCCUCCUCCUCCAUGCAUUUGUCCAACCUCCUUUAAAGUCAUCCAGGUGGGUGGCCCUCAUUACCUCCUAUGCAAAAGAAUUCCAUCCUUUAACUAUG